UUCGCACACGACCGACGUCUUGCAUGUUCCUCUUGGCUCGGGGAUGCCCGCUGCCUUCGCCUCCUGAUUUCACAUUUGACUUUGCUCGUUUCCGAGUGUUCGACUCCCGACGCUGCCCCACGCGACCAUGGAGCAGCGACAGCAGCAGCAGCUGCAGCAGCAGCAACAGAUCUCGUCCCGCACGGAGCAGCGCUUCAGCCGGCAGGUCACCAGCACGCAGCAAGUGCAAGGAAUGGUGAUGCAGUCUUCGCCACAACUUACGUUCGGUAACAGGCCAGGAGAUGUCUCACCCCCAGUCUUCGAACAGAUUUUCCGAAAUGCCCGCUUUGCACAGGGUGGUAAUGCCCUCUUUGAGGGUAAAGUCCGGGGUAAUCCGAAGCCUGUUGUUUCAUGGACAAGGAAAGGCGCUCCCCUUCUUGAAUCAAACAAAUAUAAAAUGAAAUAUGAUGAACAGACUGGAAAUGUUUCAUUGCUCAUCAAUGCAAUAGGACCAGGAGAUGAAGGGGAGUACACAUGCACUGCACGAAAUCAGUACGGUGAAGCUAUCUGUUCAGUUUACAUACAACCUGAAGGUCAGGGGCAGAUUAUACAGCAGCCUCCAGGUGGCUACCAGAGAGAGUUUACUCAGACAAUUGAAACCUCUGAACAGCGAACAACACAGCAGCGUUUUCAGAAACAGACAACAGGAAAAAUUUCAUAUGCUAAUGGACACAUUGUAGAAGAGGAUUUUAAAGUGGACACAUUUGAGUACCGGCUUCUCCGUGAAGUUGAGUUUCGUGAAUCAAUAACACGGCGCUUUGUUGGAGAAGUUGACAGAGAGAUCAGUACAGUUAUUGAUCGAUCACUGGGACCUGUUGCACCUCCACAAAUAGCACAGAAACCACGAAAUUCCAAACUCCAGGAAGGUACCACAGCGACAUUCCAGGCUAAAGUUCCAGCCAACCCACGUCCAAGGAUUACAUGGUUUAAGAAUGGACAGCGCAUCACUCAUUCCCAGAAGUAUGAAAGUAGUUACUCAAACCAACAAGCUGUUCUUAAGAUUAACUCUCUCCAGUCUGAAGAUUCUGGACAUUAUACUCUCCUGGCGGAGAAUCCUCAAGGAUGUGUUGUAUCAUCUGCUUACUUAGCUGUUGAAUCGUCUGCGACUCAAGAUGGACUUGAUCAGAGGGGAAGAGUUCCUCAUACAGAACCUUCUGAGGGCACAGAGGCAGGGAAGGCUCUCGCACCUAACUUUGUGCGGGUUUGUAAUGAUCGUGAUGUUACUGAGGGUAAAAUGACACGUUUCGAUUGCCGAGUGACUGGCCGACCUUACCCAGAAGUGGCGUGGUUCAUCAAUGGGCAACAAGUCAGUGAUGAUGCAACCCAUAAAGUGUUGGUCAAUGAAUCAGGCAACCAUGCUCUAAUGAUAACAAAUGUGAGCAUUUCAGAUGCUGGAGUAAUUACCUGUGUAGCCCGCAACAAGGCUGGAGAGACUUCCUUCCAGUGCAAUUUAAAUGUAAUAGAGAAAGAACAAGUUGUAGCCCCAAAAUUUGUGGAACGAUUCAGCACAGUACAUGUGAAGGAGGGGGAGCCAGUGGUAUUGAAAGCCCGAGCUGUUGGCACUCCCAUCCCUCGCAUUUCAUGGCAAAAGGAUGGGGUCCCCCUGGCGCCGGGACCUGACGUAAACAUCCACACAGACGGUGGAGCCUCGACACUGGACAUCCCGCGAGCCAAGGCGUCGGAUGCGGCCUGGUACCAGUGCACCGCUCAGAACGUCGCAGGCUCCACCGCCACACGUGCUCGCCUCUUUGUCGAGACACCUAAGGGCGCCACACCUCCUCCCCGUCGUCUUAAUUUACCACGACCGACGAAGGUCAUUGAACCUGAACCAGAGCCAGGGCCUGAGGUAAUCUAUUUACGCCAUGUGGAGCGUGCGAAGCCUCACAUGCCUUUGCCAGAAGAAGAGCGUAUCUACCCACCACCACAAUUUAUUAUUCCACUGAACAAUGCUCAUCAGGUUGAGGGAGGACGUGUACAUUUUGAGGCUCGCAUUGAGCCUGUUGGUGACCCAAGCAUGAAAGUUGAGUGGUUUGUGAAUGGCAGACCUCUGGCUGCAAGUUCUCGUGCUACAGCUACAUUUCAGUUUGGUUUCAUCGCACUUGACCUGAUAAGCAUUCAGCUGGAGGACAGUGGAGAAUAUGUUUGCCGUGUGUCAAGCAAUUCGGGAUCAGUUGAAUCUCAUGGUCUGCUGAGUGUAACAGGCCGAGUUGGCAUCGAACAAUCUAGUCAGCACCCCGACAGCCUGCAAUACAUCCAACAUUUGGAAGACUACUCACGCUAUCAGCGAACAGAGAGUAUAGAAGAAGUCUCGUCUCAACGGCCUAACUUCAUUCGACCACUUCAGGAAUUAGGAGAGCUGCAAGAAGGCCGAAAUGCCCACUUUGAAGGACAGCUCACUCCCGUCAGCGACCCCACUAUGAGGGUGGAGUGGUUCAAGGACGGGAAACCGAUCACAGCAAGUUCUCGCAUUACCACCAUCUUCAACUUCGGUUAUGUCUCCUUAAAUAUAUUGCACCUACGGGCUGAAGAUGCUGGUACAUACACCGUGCGAGCUGUGAACAGAACAGGCGAGGCUAUUAGCUCUUCUACUCUCAAAGUUCAAGCACGUACUAGCGUGACAGCAGAUCUCGGUAUACCAGAGCAGCAGAGAUAUAUUGAGAAAGUUGAAGAACUGGAAGCUUAUCAGCAGUAUCUGCAAUCACAGCGAUAUGUGCAGGAACCUCCAGAGAGCACAGCACCUCCUGAAUUUAAGUCACCGAUUAAAGACCAGCUGAAUAUCAGGGAGGGUGGAUUUGCUCAUUUUGAAGCUCGUCUUGAGCCUAUUGGUGACUCUACUCUACGAGUGGAAUGGCUAAAAGAUGGAAAACCAGUUGAAGCCAGUUCACGAAUCACAAGUUUUUUCAAUUUUGGAUAUGUGGCAUUAACAAUUAAAUCAGUCACAACUCAUGAUAUUGGCACUUACUCAUGUCGUGCAAUAAAUACUCUGGGAGAGGCUGUAACAUCAGCUAAGUUAACAGUUGUUAGUAAGAAAGACAUCAUUAUGGACAGUCAACACCCAGGAGGCCUUGAGAAAAUACAGUAUCUGGAAGACACAAGUCGCUAUGGCCGAAGCCUUCAAGAAGAGACUACUGUCACAAAGAAACCAAUGUUUCUUGGUCCACUGAAGGGUACCAACAAAAUUGUGGAAGGUCAGAGGGCCCACUUUGAAGCCCGAGUGGAGCCUCAACAUGACACAACAUUGCAGAUUGAGUGGUACUUCAAUGGGAAGGUAAUUAUGACUGCUAACAGAAUCCAGACAUAUCAUGAUUUUGGUUAUGUGGCAUUAGACAUUCUUGGUGUCCGUGCUGAAGAUGCUGGUACCUAUACUGUGGUUGCAAGAAAUGCCCUUGGUGAAGCACAGUUAUCAGCCAGUAUGGUUGUCGAGACUCGCUCAAGCAUAGACACCACAAGUAUGCAUCGUGGCACAUAUGAAAAGACACAACGCCUUGAAGACUCAAAGUUUAUUGAACCAUCAUAUCAUAUUGAAGAAAUCUCAAAAUCGAAACCAAUCUUUGUACAGCCUCUGUCAGACCCAAAACCCAUAAGUGAAGGCAAGAAUAUUCAUUUGGAAUGCCGUCUGGAGCCUAUGGGAGAUCCAACAAUGCGUGUUGAAUGGUUCUAUAAUGGACGACCAAUCACAGUUGGAUCACGCUUUAGAACAUACUAUGACUUUGGAUAUGUGGCACUAGACAUCGUGCAGGCCACUUCUAUGGAUUCUGGUGAAUACACUGUGCGAGCAACAAAUCAUCUUGGAUCUGCACACACAUCAGCUUGUGUGAGGGUAAUCAGUCGCUCAGAUAUUGUAACGGAAACACAGAAUGAAUCAGCUCUUGAACAGAUCCAGUAUUUAGAAGAUGCCUCUCGACAUCGAAGAACAGUAACAGAAGAUGUUACAGUGGUUCAAGCUCCGCAAUUUACUCGACCAUUACAUAACAUUGAAACUGUUGAAGGCACAAACAUCCAUCUGGAGUGCCGCCUGCAGCCUGUUGGAGACCCUACAAUGAGAGUUGAAUGGCUUGUCAAUGGGCAGCCUGUCAAGACAGGACAUCGCUUCCGACCAGCGUAUGAUUUUGACUAUGUGGCUCUAGACUUGCUGAGUGUAUAUCCUGUGGAUUCAGGUGUUUACACGUGCGUGGCUCGCAAUCAGCUUGGUGAAGCUGUUACUUCAUGUUCAGUUAAAAUCAUAGCGAAAAAGGAUCUGAUUCUGGAAACUCAACAUCCAUCUGGGCUGGAAAAAAUUCAGUAUUUGGAGGACACAUCACGUUAUCGAAAGACAGAGUACAUGGAUGAAGUAGUGAAUGUGCGCCCACGUUUCAUCACAAAGCCCAAAAAUUUAGAUAACAUGCGUGAGGGUCAGCAUGCGCACUUUGAGUGUAAGCUUGAACCAGUGACUGAUCCAAACCUGAAGGUGGAGUGGUACAAGAAUGGGCGUCCAGUUACUGUAGGUCAUAGGUUUCGGCCCAUUCAUGAUUUUGGGUACGUUGCUCUGGACAUCAUAGACCUUAUUGCUGAGGAUUCUGGUACAUAUACAUGCCGUGCAGUAAAUUUGCUUGGAUCUGAUGAGACCACUUGUGUUCUUAAUUGCAGAAGCACUGCACAGAUCUUGACAGGUACUCAGAAUGAGACAGGACUUGAGCAGAUUCAGUAUCUUGAAGAUAAAUCUCGUUAUCAGCGUUCUGAAUAUAUUGAAGAGACUACAAAGCAAGCACCAAUAUUCACUACAUCUCUGAAGCACAUGGAGAUCAAAGAAGGCCAGAGGGCACACUUUGAAUGCCGCCUUAUACCUGUGUCAGAUCCCACAAUGAAAGUUGAAUGGUUCCACAAUAAUGUCCCAGUGAAGUCAGGUUCUCGAUUUACUGAGACAAAUAACUUUGGUUUUGUUGCAUUGGACAUAAUGUACUGCUAUCCAGAAGAUUCUGGGACAUACACAUGUCGCGCCAAGAAUAUUGUUGGUGAAGCUAUGACAUCUGCCAAUCUGACCUGUAUCUCAAAGAAAUCAAUUUAUAUGGAAACGCAACAUGAGGAAGCAUUAUCAAAACUGACAUAUUUGGAGGAUACGUCUCGUCAUCAGCGACAGACAGUCCAGGAAGAAGCUGUGACCCAGGCACCGAUGUUCACACAGCCAAUGAAGGAUGUCCGUGUAGCUGAAAAUCAGGCUAUGCACUUUGAGGCACGACUUAUACCUGUAGGAGAUCCGAAGUUACGCGUUGAGUGGCUUCGAAAUGGCGUUCCAAUUCAAGCAUCAAAUCGUGUGACAACUAUGCAUGAUUUUGGAUAUGUUGCACUGAACAUGAAGUAUGUUUACCCCGAGGACUCAGGCACCUACACUUGCCGUGCUAUCAAUGAACUUGGACAAGCAGUCACUUCAGCAACACUUGUUGUUCAUUCCAAAGCAUCGUUGCUUCUGGAGAGCCAACAUGAGGCUGCACUGCAGAAACUUCAGCAGCUUGAAGAUACGUCAAGGUAUCAACGGCGUGAAGAGGAGGAGAUUAUUGUAACUCAGCCACCAAAGUUUACAGCUCAACUUAAUGGACCCACAGAGCUAAUUGAAGGUCACAGUGCUCAUUACGAAUGCCGCAUUGAACCGUAUCCAGAUCCCAACAUGCGUGUUGAAUGGUUCCACAAUGGAAAACCACUACAACUAGGUCACCGUUUCCGGACUACUUAUGACUUUGGAUUUGCUGCACUUGAUAUACUUACUGUUUAUCCAGAAGAUUCCGGAGAAUACACUUGCAAAGCAACAAAUAAAUUGGGGCAAGCUUCAUCAUCCAUAAAAGUUAAUGUCAAAUCCCGUUCAUCAAUCAUUUUGGACACCCAACAUGAAGGCGCAUUGCAAAAGAUUCAGUAUCUGGAGGAUGAUUCCCGCUACAAACGUGCAGCUGUUGAAGAACAGGUGAUAGCUGAAAAACCACAAUUUGGACGGCCAUUACGAAAUAUUGAUCGAUUGCCUGAAGGACAGAGUGCUCACUUGGAGGCCACACUUACACCAGUUAAUGACCCUACAAUGCGUGUUGAGUGGUUCUGCAAUGGCAGACCCAUUCCUCAAGGUCAUCGUUUCAAGACAACUUAUGAUUUUGGAUAUGUGGCACUUGAUAUCCUGUAUGCAUAUGCUGAAGAUUCAGGCACAUAUAUGUGUAAGGCACGUAAUGCAGUUGGAGAGGCUGUUACUACAUGCUCUGUUACUGUUGAAGCUAAAUCUGGCCUCUACUUGGAUACUCUUGAUGAAAACCGCUUGAAGAAAAUAAAAGACCUGGAAACAUUUGAGAGGCCUCAAAAACCAGAAGUUGAACCUGAAAUGCAAAAGCCUGUGUUCAUUACUCCACUUGUCAGCUUAGAAAAUCUGAAGGAAGGUGAACAUGCUCAUUUGGAAUGUCGUGUGGAACCUAUAAAUGAUCCUAAUCUCAAGAUUGAAUGGUUUGUGAAUGGAAUUGCCAUAAAAACAGGUCACAGGUUCCGUACUACACAUGACUUUGGUUAUGUUGCUCUUGAUAUUCUGUACACAUAUGCAGAGGACUCUGGAACUUAUAUGUGUAAAGCAACAAAUUUGGUGGGAGAAGCUGUGAAUACUUGCCAGAUAACAGUUGGAGCUCGCCGUAGUAUCUAUUUAGAAUCUCAGCAUCCUGAAGGCUUACAGAAAAUCCAAGAACUUGAAGCACAAGGUCGGCCUGCUAGACUUGAAGUGGAGGAACCUGAAGUCACCCCGCCACGUUUUGUAACAGAACUUAGGGGCACAACAGAAAUAUUUGAAGGGCAGACAGCACACUUUGAAGCCCAAGUGGAACCUCUGCAUGAUCCAAAUCUGCGUAUAGAGUUUUAUCACAAUGGUAAACCUCUUCCUUCAGCAUCACGCUUCCAUAUCACUUUUGAUUUUGGUUAUUUGGCACUUGACAUAACCCAUGCUGUUCCUGAAGAUGCUGGAGAAUAUACUGCCAAGGCCAUCAAUGCCCUUGGACAGUGCACUUCUACAAUUACUUUACGUGUGACAGCUAAAAGCAACAUUGUGCUCGAGUCCCAGCGACCAGAAGGAUUAGAUAAAAUUCGAGCCUUGGAGCAGCAUGUCCCAUACCAGAGGCCAGAGGUUCCAGAGCCAACUAGACAAAGGCCUGUGUUUACACAGCCAUUACAGAAUAUUGACUCUAUAGCGGAAGGGCAGACGGCUCACUUUGAAUGCAGACUGAUACCUGUGGGUGAUCCCACACUCAAAGUGGAGUGGUUCCGUAAUGAGAAACCCCUUGAAACAAGCUCAAGAAUUACGAAGACACAUGACUUUGGCUAUGUGGCAUUGGAUAUGACACAUGUUAGGGCUGAAGAUGAUGGUGUGUACAUGUGCAGGGCUUCAAAUGCUCUUGGUGAAGCUGUGACAACAGCAUCUAUGAAAAUAAAAACAAAGGCGGACAUACAACUGGAAACUCAACAUCCUCAGGGCAUGAAACGAAUUCAGCAAUUAGAAGAAGGGAAAGCACCAGCACGGCCAGAACAACCAGAACGUGAAUUUGACAAACCCAUCUUCACACAAGUGCUCACAGGUCCAUCUGAACUGUGGGAGGGACAGCAUGCACAUUUUGAGUGUCGUGUUGUACCAGUAGGUGAUCCAAAUAUGCGAUUUGAGUGGUACAUUAAUGGGACAGAGCUGAAAUUAGGAUCUCGCUUCCAUGUCACGCACGACUUUGGUUAUGUGAACUUGGAUAUUAACUCUGUCAUUAGUGAAGAUUCUGGAGUCUAUAUGUGUAAAGCCAUAAAUAAAGCUGGGGAAGCAGUGUCUUCAAUAUCACUGAAAGUAAAAACACGUUCAUCAAUUAUUGGAGAUACUCUUCAACCUGAUGCAUGGCAAAAGAUUCAACUGAAAGAGGCAGAAAUGAAUAAAGUUCCUCCACAAUUUGUAGAUACAACACCUCAACAAGCACCUGUUUUCACAACUCAUUUGACCAGCCAUGAUAAACUCAUAGAAGGUCAAAAUAUUUUAUUGGAGGCACAAGUGGAGCCACGCACAGAUCCAAACCUUCGAGUUGAAUGGUUCAAGAAUGGAAAACCACUUGCUACUGGCACUAGACUUAGGACUACGUUUGACUUUGGCCAUGUCAGUUUGUCUGUCACUGGAUUACGAGCUGAUGAUUCAGCCAUUUACACCUGCAAAGCCACAAACUUACUGGGAGAGGCUGUAUCAACUUGUACUCUCAAAGUUGAAGAUCGACACUGGCUAUUAGCUGGAUCACUUCGUCCUGAGGCCUUACCAAAGAUUGAAGCUCUUGAAGAACCAAAGGCUGGUCGUCCUGAAGCUCCUGAGCCUACCUAUGAAUCACCAGUGUUUAUUACCCACUUGAAUAACGUUGUCUGUACUGAAGGCGAGAGUGUUCACUUUGAAUGCCACGUGGAACCUUCAAAAGAUCCAACACUCAAUAUCGAAUGGUUCAUAAAUGGCAAGCCAUUGCCCACUGGUGCUCGCUACAAAUCCACUUAUGAUUUUGGCUAUGUGGCUCUGGAUAUAAUUCAUGCUUAUGCAGAGGAUUCUGGUGUGUACAGCUGUAAAGCCACAAAUAGCAAGGGACAGGCUGCAACAUCAGGAACUCUGAAAUGCACAAGCAAGCAAGACAUCUUCUUGCAGACACAACAUCCACAGGGUGAAGCAGGCCUUGAGGCUGUGCGUGAGGCGGAAGGAGCAUACUUAUCAAAAUAUCAGAGGCAGCCUCUAGCUCCUGAAAAAGAUUAUCCAAAGCCAGUAUUUGUGGUGCCACUUCAAGAACAAGUAACACUGAAUGAAAAUGAAGCUUUGCAUGUUGAGUGUCAAGUUGAGCCCAAGGAAGAUCCAAAUCUCAAAGUUGAAUGGUUCUUCAAAGGAAAGCCUCUUGAACAUGCAACACGUUUCAAGACAACAUGUGACUUUGGCUUUGUCACACUUGAUUUGACUGAUGUUUAUGAAAGGGAUCAAGGAAUAUACACUUGUAAAGCAACCAAUUUAAAAGGAGAAGCAUUUACCUCCACAACAAUAUACUGCAAAGGGAAGGAGAGUCUAAUUGAACGUACACAGCACCCAAAAGGAGCUGAAGGUCUGGGAAAAAUCCAGGAUUUGGAAGAAUCACUGAGGAGGCAAGAAGGAGCUCCUCCAGAACCCGAGGAAGGCCAUCCGCCUGUCUUCACCUCACAGUUUCAGGAUCUCAAGAACCUUAGUGAGGGAGAGAUUGCACACUUUGAGGCUUCCCUUACCCCAGUUGGUGACCAGACUAUGACAGUAGAAUGGUUCUAUAAUGGAGAGGUAAUCAAAGCAAGUCACCGCAUUAGAACUGUACAUGCAUUUGGGAUGGUUGUCCUUGAGAUAUUAGGAACUAAAAUUGAAGAUUCCGGCACUUAUACUUGUAGAGCAACAAACAAAUGGGGCCGUGCCGAAAUCAGUGUUGAACUGGAAUGUGUUGACAAGUCAAAGGGUCAGAAACCACACUUUACAACACACAUUCAGAGUCUUGAGAAUCUGAAAGAAGGUGAAUCUGCUCAUUUUGAAUGCACGCUAACACCUGUGGGAGAUCCUAACUUGAAAGUGGAAUGGUUUCACAAUGGCGAGCCACUGCGACACUCCUCCAGAAUCAAAUCAGUAUCUGAUUUUGGCUUUGUUGUGAUGGAUAUCUCAUAUGUCCAGAGCCACGAUACAGGGGAGUAUGUGUGCAGAGCGAGCAACAAGUAUGGGGAAGACUUUACAAGAGCAACCAUAAAAUGUUCUGGACGUGGUGGUGUGUAUUUGGACAGUCUGCAGCCUGAUGCACUUGCUCGCAUUCGUGAAAUGGAGCUCUCCCAGGGUGGGCAACCUCAGGCUCCAACCACUCCUGUUCUUGAACCACCUGUUUUUACCACACAUAUAUCAGAUGUCACAAACCUGGUUGAAGGGCAAAGUGCACACUUUGAGGCUCGUCUUACACCAGUCAAUGAUCCAAACCUCACAGUUGAGUGGUUUUACAACGGUAAAAAGCUCCCACAUGGCCAUCGUUACAGAACAUUCCAUGACUUUGGUAUUGUUAUUUUGGACAUCUUAUAUUGUUAUGAAGAGAACUCCGGAGUUUAUGAAUGCCGUGCAGUCAACAAAGUAGGCCAGGAUGUCACAAAAGCAACACUAAAAUGUGUAUCAAAGGCCAAUCUCAUCUUGGAUUCACAGUUGCCUCGAGGGAUGGAAGGUGGAUUGGAAAAAAUACAGAAUUUAGAAGAUUCACACUUAAAGAUGAGAGAUGAAAAAACUACAGAAACAAAAGGCCAAGCCCCUGUCUUUACAGUCCCUCUGUCAAAUGUUGACAACCUUCGAGAGGGAGAGAGUGCACAUUUUGAAGCCAGACUUAUUCCUACAGAUGACCCAAAACUCAAGGUUGAAUGGUUCUGGAAUGGAAAACCGCUAAGGACAGGGUCCAGGUUCCGUACAUUCUGUGACUUUGGAUUUGUGAUAUUGGAAAUUUCUCCAGUGUACCCAGAAGACUCUGGUGAAUACUCAUGUCGUGCCUUCAAUGACUAUGGGGAAGCUGUAACAACAGCAAGUAUGAAAGUGCAAGGAAAGAGGAGUAUCAUAUUAGAAUCUCAGUUGCCAAAAAGUAUGGAGCAUACUAUUGAGAAGAUUGCAGAACUGGAAGGUCUUGGAAGUGCUCCAGCUCCAGCCGCACCUGAGGAAGAUUCUGGAAAACCUCCAGAGUUCAUCACUACUCCAAGUGACCUGACACUAACUGAAAAUUCUUUGGCACACUUUGAAUGCCGUCUGAUUCCUAUCAAUGACCCCAGUAUGAGAGUAGAAUGGUUCCAUAAUGGAAAGCCUCUUUGGGCAGGGUCACGAAUCAAGACCAUAAAUGACUUUGGCUUUGUCAUACUUGAAGUUGCUGGUGUAUAUCAGAGAGAUUCUGGUCUUUAUACUUGUAAGGCCACAAACAAACACGGUGAGGCAACUGUAUCAUGUCAGCUGCAAGUCCGCAGUCGUCAGGGAAUCAUUCUUGAGCCACAAUUACCAACAAAUUUUAAAACGGGCACUGAGAGUAUCCAGAAGCUGGAGGAGGCGUUAUACAAGAAAGAUGAAAUAGUGACAGAAGAAGAGAAACCAAAUCCUCCCAGGUUCACUGUUGAAUUGAAGGAUGUACUCGACGUGCAAGAAGGAGCACCGAUCCAUUUCGAGUGCCGUGUAGAACCGGUCGGCGAUCCUACGAUGCGUAUCGACUGGUUCCAUAAUGGUCGACCAUUUGCCACGGGCUCUAGAGUCCAUAUGCUUAAUGAUUUUGGCUUUAUUGUUCUUGACAUGGAUUACACAUAUGCCAGAGACUCUGGUGAAUACGUGUGCUGUGCCACCAACAAGUGGGGGUCAGCAACAACGAAAGCUACACUCACUUGUAAAGCAAAACGAGACGUUGUGUUGGAAUCACAGUUGCCACAAGGAAUAAGUGGUGAAAAGUUGAAGGAACUGGAGAGAGGACCACUGACAGAGGCUCUCCCUGAAGAGGCGCCAGCAUCACCUCCGAAGUUCAUAACUCAGAUCACAUCAGUGGGCAUUGGUGAAGGUGAACCUGUCCACUUUGAGUGUCGUGUGGAGCCCCGAACAGAUCCAAAGUUACGAGUGGAAUGGUAUCGUAAUGGGAAACCGUUGCCAUCUGGACACCGCUUCCGUACAGUCUAUGAUAUGGGCUUCGUAUCCCUCGAUAUAUUGUACACCUAUCCUGAGGACUCGGGUGAAUAUGUGUGUCGUGCUGUCAAUGACCUUGGAGAAGAUACAACAAAGGCAACAGUGUCUUGCAAAAAGCUGCCAACAAUCAUUCUACAGAACCAGGUUCCUAAGGGAAUGAAAAAGUCUGAAGCCCUUAUGCAGAUGGAAGCCACCAUAAAGAAAUACACAUCAGAAAUUCAUUUGACAGAGGAUGAUCUUUAUGAUCCUGAUAAAAAGCAACCACCAAGAUUUGUGACCCAGAUACAAGAUCAGACAACACUAGUUGAAAUGCAAACUACGAAGUUUGAGUGCCAGCUGGCACCUGUUGGAGACCCAAACAUGAAAGUUGAGUGGUUUCUGAAUGGAAAACCACUUCCUCACAAAAACCGUUUCACACCAAUCUAUGAUUUUGGCUAUGUAGCCAUGAAUUUUGGGUGGGUGUAUCCUGAGGAUAGUGGAGAAUACUUGUGCAGAGCAACCAAUCUGUACGGUAUGGACGAGACUCGUGCUGUAAUCAGAACUGCUGGGAAACCUGGCAUUAUCUAUGAAUCUCAGUUACCAAAGGGAAUGAAGAGCAUUGAACGUAUACGUGAAAUGGAGGCAGCUUGGCAAAUAGCACCUGAAGAACCAGAAGAAGAAACAAAACCUCGUUCUGCACCAGUUUUUGUUACAAAACCUGAACCAUACACUACUGUUGAAGGAGAACCUGCAAGAUUCUGUUGCCGAGUUACUGGACAUCCCCGUCCAAGGCUUAUGUGGGUUGUUAAUGGGCAAACUGUCGUUAAUGGUACUCGCUACCGACUGACGUAUGAUGGUAUGUGGCACUUGGAUAUUCCCAAGACACGACAAUAUGACCAUGGCAAGAUUGAGAUUAUUGCUCGCAACUCAGUGGGAGAAGCAAUAGCUACUACGGAACUUACUGUGAAAGCACGUAUGGAUGAUUACCGUGGAGUACUAAAGAACUCACCACGACCAUGGUAUGACUAUGAUCUCACUCAGUAUCAGAAAGAGCGCAUUGAACUGGAAAGGGCUCAGCUCCAACAUGUGGACAUCAGUGAACAUCAGAAGAAAGUUUCUACUGAGACUGAAACUGAAUGGCAGCAAACAGUAAAGAAGAAGAAGGGUGAAGAUUAUUAUUCCAAACUGAAAGAGCUUGAAGAAGAGCAAGUAAUCAAGGAAACUCGUUUGCGGGAAGCAUCACAUCAAUUUGCUAUACCUGGAGAAAAAGUUGUGGCCAAAACAGUAGCCAAGGGAAUGGCUCAGAGCUAUGAGCAAAAACUAGAUGAAAAAGAAGAAGAAAAACCAGCCUGGGUAACGUCUCGACGACCAACUAAACAUACAUCAGAAACAGUUGUUGAUUCCAAAACAAUUCCGAGUUUGCCACCUGAGCCAUCAGAGUCAGCUAUUCAUGCACGAGAAGUGCAUGUAGCCAAACAAAAACAAACACAGAAAGAGGUCAAGGGAGAUGUGGAAAUUACACGGAAGAUUACAGCCACAGAAACAACUGAAGUUGAGCAUAAGGCAAAAACACAAGAACGAGUUGUCCAAGGGCCUGUUAAACCUGCUAAGCCUCCAUUUUUCACCAAGAAGAUACAGCCUGUCAGAGUAUUUGAGCAAGAGCAGGCUAGAUUUGAAGUUGAAUUUGAUGGUGAUCCACUUCCAACAAUAAAAUGGUUCAGGGAGGAUUUCCCAAUCCAGAGCUCGGCCGAUCUUCAAAUACACACAUUUGGAACAAAGUCAGUUCUCAUCUUGAGACAAGUGUUUAUGGAAGAUUCUGGUGUGUUCAGGGUUGUAGCUGAAAAUCGUGGAGGAGUUGCUAAGUGCAGUGCAAAUCUAGUAGUUGAGGAAAAGCGACGCCAAGGACGAGGUGGUGUUGUGCCUCCAAGUUUCCUUACUACUAUUGAAAGCAGUGUUGUAAAUUCUGGAACACUUGUGCGAUUUGAUGCUCGUAUAGCGGGCACACGACCUAUUGAUGUCUAUUGGUUAAAGAAUGGCAAACGCAUACCAUCAUCAGAUAUUCGAUACAAGACAUUGGAAGAAGAUAGUGUGAAUACCCUGUUGAUUAUUGAGGCUAUACCAGAGGAUUCUGGAACUUAUGAAUGUGUGGCAAUCAACAGUGCUGGUGAAGCACGUUGUGAGGCUGAAUGUCAGGUUCGGUCACCCACACAACAGAAACAACAGCAGCAACAGCAACAACAACAACAACAACAACCAGCAGGAAAUGUAGCACCAGCAAUUAUUGAACCACUAAAGGGACAGGUCGUGAAAGAGGGACAGCCUGUUACAUUUCAGUGCCGAAUUUCUGGCAAACCAGCUCCACAGAUAAAGUGGCAAAAGGCUGACACUGUCAUUAAGCCAUCAAAAUACUUCCAGAUGCAUAAAGAUAAUGACAUAUACACUCUGAAGAUAUCAGAAGCUUUCCCUGAAGAUGAGGGUACCUAUAAAUGUAUUGCUUCUAACCCUGUUGGAUCUGUAACUCUCUCCGCACAGCUGAAAGUUCAAGCUCCUGACUCACAAGAAGUCAUGCCUACCAUUACACCACUGCGAGAUGUCACUGUACCAGAGGGAAGCUCAGCACAGUUCAGGACAAAAGUAACAGGAAAACCAGUGCCAACUAUACAGUGGUUCCGUGAAGGAGUUCUCAUACCACAGUCGGCAGAUUUUCAAAUGAUACAGGAUGGCGACAACAGAGUGCUGCUCAUCACUACAACAUACGAGGAGGAUUCAGGAACUUUUACAUGCAGGGCAACUAACUCUGCUGGGCAGGUUGAGUCAUCUGCUAAGCUGAUCGUCAAAAGUAAGAAUUGCAAAGAUGCAUAUUUAAUGAAUACAAUGUAUGUACUCAUAUUACACCAAAAACAGACAACAUGUGGCGUGUCGGUGCAUUAUGGCUUUGCAGGACGGAGAGAUGUUUCAACAGUCCAUCCAGGCUCAGGAGCACCAAAAAUACCACAUCCUGGAUAUUCUUCUAGUCAUCAUGGUUCAAUCCCGAAAACUGGUGGGAUGUCAGGAGAUGGUCAAGAAGCAGAUGCUGACGGUAGUGGUGCUGGACAUGAUUAUAUACAGGAGGAUUCAUACGAUACAGUCCAGUUACCAGUUGGCGAUGAGACGCUGCCGUGGAGGAAACCCAGGCGUAAGCAGCUUUUUCCCGUGCACCCAUCACAAACCACAGUUCCCUGGACACAGGAGAAAAUACAGCUAAAAAGAACUGCUCAGCACCGGAGGAGUAUUGAUAAAGAGCAUCUUGAGGAAGUACAGUUGAAAACUGUCAGUGGGGGGGUACAGCUUAAAAAGAAAGUUCGGCAGGAUAUAGAUAUUAGAAGUGAAAGACCUGAAGAACAAUAUAGCAGGACUGACACUGAUGAUUCGCUGUACAGUGUUAUGGACAAGACAACGGGAAUAGAGCAGAUAGCCACAGAAGAAGAUUCAACAAUUUUACAUUUGGACCAAAGGAAAGAAACACUUGAAGAAAGACAAAAGACACCACAUUUGCCAAAGAAAGAGGAUCAAAGAAGGAAGCACAUAAAAAAAGAUAGCAGAAUAACAGUGACAGAAGAAGAUGAUGUGACACUAUUAGGAGUGCAACAAGAGAGAGAAAGGACAGAAAGAUUCUUUCGAAAAGGAAAACCUUCAGACAAGACAUUGCCAGCAGACAUGUUGGAUAAUAAUGUUACAAAAAGGAGUCCACUAGUGACAGACUUGACAAAAGAUGAUAAAAAUGCAGAAAAAUCAACAGUACCAUGGAGAACCAAGAAACCAGAAAGCUUGAAAGGAUAUACACAUGAUGUGCACCAGAAAGUUGACAUUGUUCCUGAAGAGGCAUCACUUGAACCAAAGCCCGAGGCACCAGUACAAGAGCAGGUAUCACAUUUACCAUGGGUACGAGGUAAGAAACCUAAGCAACCCGUCCAGGAGAAAGAGGAAAUUACUUUGAAACCAGUGAAGAAGGAUAUUCCAGAAAAGGCAAUAGAAAGAGAAAUAGUACAGUUGAAGCCUAUAGAGAAACAGAAACCAACAGUGGAAGAAAAAGAGAAAAUAGUGCUGAAACCAGUGAAGAAAGACACAAAGGAAGUAACCAAAGAACAGGAAUCACUAUCAAAGGAAAUACAUAAAGAAGAUAUAAGUGCAGAAAAAACAAGAGAGAUCAAGAGUAUAAAGAAACCAGAGACUUUGAAAGAGACUGCACAUGAUUUAGAAGAGAAAGCAAACAUUGCUCCAGAAGGAGUAUCUCUUGAGGAAAAGCCUGAGGCACCAGAGCAGGACCAUGUAUCACAUUUACCAUGGGUACGAGGAAAGAAACCUAAACAACCUGAUCAGGAGAAAGAGAAGAUAAUGUUGAAACCAGUGAAAAAGGAUAUUCCAGAGAAGAGAGACGAAAAGGAAGUAGUACAGUUGAAGCCUGUACAGAGACAUAAACCAACAGCAGAAGUAGAAGACAAAAUAAUGUUGAAACCUGUGAAGAGGGACACAAAGGAAGUAUUCAAAGAAGAGGAAUCUCUUCCAAGCACAGUGCCUAAAGGAGACACAACUGUAGAAAAACCAAAAGAGGUCAAAAGUAUAAAGAAACCAGAAAGUCUGAAAGAGGCUCCAUGUGACGUGGAAGAGAAAGCAGACAUAGUUCCAGAAGGAGUGUCUGUUGAGGAAAAGCCUGAGGUACCAGAGGAAGAUCAGGUAUCGCGCUUACCGUGGGUACGAGGAAAGAAGCCUAAACAACCUGUUCAGGAGAAAGAGGAAAUUACUUUGAAACCAGUGAAGAAGGGUAUUCCAGAGAAGAUAGAAGAAAAGGAGACAGUACAGUUGAAGCCUGUACAGAGACAUAAACCAACAGCAGCAGAAGAGGAUGAAAUAAUGCUGAAACCUGUGAAGAAGGACACAAAGGAAAUAAGCAAAGAAGAGGAAUCUCUUCCAAGGGAAGUGCCUAAGGGAGAGACAACUGAAGAAAAACCAAAAGAGAUCAAAAGCAUAAAGAAACCAGAGAGUCUGAAAGUGGUCCCACGUUAUGUGGAAGAGAAAGCAGACAUAGUUCCAGAAGGAGUCUCUGUUGAGGAAAAGCCUGAGGUACCAGAGGAAGAUCAGGUAUCGCGCUUACCGUGGGCACGAGGAAAGAAGCCUAAACAACCUGUUCAGGAGAAAGAGGAAAUUACUUUGAAACCAGUGAAGAAAGGUAUUCCAGAGCAGAAAGAAGAAAGAGAAAUUGUACAGUUGAAGCCUGUAGAGAAACAGAAACCAAUGGCAGAAGAAAAAGACAAAAUAAUGCUGAAACCUGUGAAGAAGGAUGAAAAAGAAAUAACAAAAGGAGAGGAAACUCUCCCAAGGGAAGUGCCUAAAGAAGACAUAAUUCCGAAAAAACCAAAAGAGAUCGAAAUUGUAAAGAAGCCAAAGAGUAUGACAGAGGUACCACGUGAUAUGGAAGAGGAAGCAGACAUUGCUCCAGAAGGAGUGUCAAUUCCAGAAAAGCCUGAAGCACCAGAGCAAGAGGAGGUAUCGCGUGUACCAUGGGUACGAGGAAAGAAACCUAAACAACCUGUUCAGGAGAAAGAAGAGAUCACUUUGAAACCAGUGAAGAAGGAUAUUCCAGAGAAGAUAGAAGAAAAGGAAAUAGUACAGUUGAAGCCUGUACAGAGACAUAAACCAACAGCAGAAGAAGAAGAUAAAAUAGUGCUGAAACCUGUGAAGAAGGAGACACAGGAAGUAAUUAGAAAAGAGGAGUCUACCGCAAUGGAGGUGACUGAAGAAGAUACAACUGUAGAAAAAUCAAAAGAGAUAAAGAGAGUCAAAAAACCAAAGAGCUUGAAAGAGGCACCACAGGAUGCAGAAGAGAAACCAGAGAUGGUUCCAGAAAGACUACCUGCUAAGGAAAAGCCUGAGGCACCAGAACAAGAUCAGGUAUCGCAUUUACCAUGGGUACGAGGAAAGAAACCUAAACAACCUGAACAGGAGAAAGAAGAGAUUACUUUGAAGCCAGUGAAGAAGGAUAUUCCAGAGAAGAUAGAAGAAAAGGAAAUAGUACAGUUGAAGCCUGUACAGAGACAUAAACCAACAGCAGAAGAAGAGGAUAAAAUAGUGCUGAAACAUGUGAAGAAGGAGACACAGGAAGUAAUUAGAAAAGAGGAGUCUCUUGCAAUGGAGGUGACUGAAGAAGAUACAAUUGUAGAAAAAUCAAAAGAGAUAAAGAGAGUCAAGAAACCCGAGAGCUUGAAAGAGAUGCCACAUGAUGUGGAAGAGAAACCAGAGAUGGUUCCAGAAAGAUUAUCUGUUGCGGAAAAACCUGAGGCACCAGAGCAAGAUGAGGUAUCACAUUUACCAUGGGUGCGAGGAAAGAAACCUAGACAACCUGUUCAGAAGAAAGAGGAAAUUACUUUGAAGCCAGUGAAGAAGGAUAUUCCAGAGAAGAUAGAAGAAAAGGAGACAGUACAGUUGAAGCCUGUACAGAGAUAUAAACCAACAGCAACAGAAGAGGAUGAGAUAAUGCUGAAACCUGUGAAGAAGGACACAAAGGUAAUAAGCAAAGAAGAGGAAUCUCUUCCAAGGGAAGUGCCUAAAGAAGACACAACUGAAGAAAAACCAAAACAGGUCAAAAGUAUAAAGAAACCAGAGAGUCAGAAAGAGGUUUCACGUGGUGUGGAAGAGAAAGUAGACAUGGUUCCAGAAGGAGUGUCUGUUGAGGAAAAGCCUGAGGUACCAGUGGAAGAUCAGGUAUCGCGCUUACCGUGGGCACGAGGAAAGAAACCUAAACAACCUGUUCAGGAGAAAGAGAAAAUUACUUUGAAACCAGUCAAGAAAGAUAUUCCAGAGAAGAUAGAAGAAAGAGAAAUUGUACAAUUGAAGCCUGUAGAGAAACAGAAACCAAUGUCAGAAGAAAAAGACAAAAUAGGGCUAAAACCUGUGAAGAAGGAUGAAAAGGAAAUAACAAAAGAAGAGGAAUCUCUUCCAAGGGAAGUGCCUAAAGAAGACAUAAUUCCAGAAAAACCAAAAGAGAUUGAAAUUGUAAAGAAGCCAAAGAGUAUGACAGAGGUACCACGUGAUGUGGAAGAGGAAGCAGACAUUGCCCCAGAAGGAGUGUCAGUUCCGGAAAAGCCUGAAGCACCAGAACAAGUAGAGGUAUCGCGUGUACCAUGGGUACGAGGAAAGAAACCUAAACAACCUGUUCAGGAGAAAGAAGAGAUUACUUUGAAGCCAGUGAAGAAGGAUAUUCCACAGAAGACAGAAGAAACAGAAACUGUACAGUUGAAACCUGUACAGAGACAUAAACCAAAAGCAGAAGAACAAGACAAGUUAGUGCUGAAACCUGUGAAGAAAGACACAAAAGAAGUAUUCAAAGAAGAGGAAUCUCUACCAAGGGAGUUGGCUAAAGAAGACACAACUGCAGAAAAACCAAAAGAGACCAAGAAAGUAAAGAAACCAGAGAGCUUAAAAGAGACUCCACAUGAUAUGGAAGAAAAAGCUGACAUUGUUCCAGAGAAAGUAUCUGAUGAGGAAAAGCCUGAGGCACCAGAUGAAGAUCAGGUAUCUCAUGUACCAUGGGUACGAGGAAAGAAACCUAAACAACCUGUUCAGCAGAAAGAAGAGAUCACUUUGAAACCAGUGAAAAAGGAUAUCCCAGAGAAGGCAGAAGAAAAGGAAAUAGUACAGUUGAAACCUGUACAGAGACAUAAACCAACAGCAGAAGAAGAGGAUAAAAUAGUUCUAAAACCUGUGAAGAAGGAGACACAGGAAGUAAUUAGAAAAGAGGAGUCUCUUGCAAUGGAGGUGACUGAAGAAGAUACAAUUGUAGAAAAAUCAAAAGAGAUAAAGAAAGUCAAGAAACCCAAGAGCUUGAAAGAGACGCCACAAGAUGUGGAAGAGAAACCAGAGACGGUUCCAGAAAGACUAUCUGUUGAGGAAAAGCCUGAGGCACCAGAGAAAGAUCAGGUAUCGCAUUUACCAUGGAUACGAGGAAAGAAACCUAAACAACCUCUUCAGGAGAAAGAAGAGAUUACUUUGAAGCCAGUGAAGAAGGAUAUUCCACAGAAGACAGAAGAAACAGAAACUGUACAGUUGAAACCUGUACAGAGACAUAAACCAAAAGCAGAAGAACAAGACAAGUUAGUGCUGAAACCUGUGAAGAAGGACACAAAGGAAGUAAUCAAAGAAGAGGAAUCUCAACCAAGGGAGUUGGCUAAAGAAGACACAACUGCAGAAAAACCAAAAGAGACCAAGAAAGUAAAGAAACCAGAGAGCUUAAAAGAGACUCCACAUGAUAUGGAAGAAAAAGCUGACAUUGUUCCAGAGAAAGUAUCUGAUGAGGAAAAGCCUGAGGCACCAGAUGAAGAUCAGGUAUCUCAUGUACCAUGGGUACGAGGAAAGAAACCUAAACAACCUGUUCAGCAGAAAGAAGAGAUCACUUUGAAACCAGUGAAAAAGGAUAUCCCAGAGAAGGCAGAAGAAAAGGAAAUAGUACAGUUGAAACCUGUACAGAGACAUAAACCAACAGCAGAAGAAGAGGAUAAAAUAGUGCUGGAACUUGUGAAGAAGGAGACACAGGAAGUAAUUAGAAAAGAGGAGUCUCUUGCAAUGGAAGUGACUGAAGAAGAUAAAAUUGUUGAAAAAUCCAAAGAGAUCAAGAAAGUUAAGAAACCCAAGAGCUUGAAAGAGAGGCCACAAGAUGUGGAAGAGAAACCAGAGAUGGUUCCAGAAAGACUAUCUGUUGAGGAAAAGCCUGAGGCACCAGAGCAAGAUCAGGUAUCGCAUUUACCAUGGGUACGAGGAAAGAAACCUAAACAACCUGUUCAGGAGAAAGAAGAGAUCACUUUGAAACCAGUGAAGAAGGCUAUUCCAGAGAAGAUAGAAGAAAAGGAAAUAGUACAGUUGAAGCCUGUACAGAGACAUAAACCAACAGCAGAAGAAGAAGAUAAAAUAGUGCUGAAACCUGUGAAGAAGGAGACACAGGAAGUAAUUAGAAAAGAGGAGUCUACCGCAAUGGAGGUGACUGAAGAAGAUACAACUGUAGAAAAAUCAAAAGAGAUAAAGAGAGUCAAAAAACCAAAGAGCUUGAAAGAGGCACCACAGGAUGCGGAAGAGAAACCAGAGAUGGUUCCAGAAAGACUACCUGCUAAGGAAAAGCCUGAGGCACCAGAACAAGAUCAGGUAUCGCAUUUACCAUGGGUACGAGGAAAGAAACCUAAACAACCUGAACAGGAGAAAGAAGAGAUUACUUUGAAGCCAGUGAAGAAGGAUAUUCCAGAGAAGAUAGAAGAAAAGGAAAUAGUACAGUUGAAACCUGUACAGAGACAUAAACCAACAGCAGAAGAAGAGGAUAAAAUAGUUCUAAAACCUGUGAAGAAGGAGACACAGGAAGUAAUUAGAAAAGAAGAGUCUCUUGCAAUGGAGGUGACUGAAGAAGAUACAAUUGUAGAAAAAUCAAAAGAGAUAAAGAGAGUCAAGAAACCAAAGAGCUUGAAAGAGGCACCACAGGAUGUGGAAGAGAAACCAGAGAUGGUUCCAGAAAGACUAUCUGUUGAGGAAAAGCCUGAGGCACCAGAGAAAGAUCAGGUAUCGCAUUUACCAUGGGUUCGAGGAAAGAAACCUAAACAACCUGAACAGGAGAAAGAAGAGAUUUCAUUGAAGCCGGUGAAGAAGGAUAUUCCAGAGAAGACAGAAGAAAAGGAAAUUGUACAGUUGAAACCUGUACAGAGACAUAAACCAAAAGCAGUAGAAGAAGACAAGUUGGUGCUGAAACCUGUGAAGAAGGAGACAAAGGAAGUAUUGAAAGAAGAGGAAUCUCUUCCAAGGGAGUUGGCUGAAAAAGGCACAACUGCAGAAAAACCGAAAGAGACCAAGAAAGUAAAGAAACCAGAGAGCCUUAAGGACACUCCACAUGAUACGGAAGAGAAAGCCUACUCUGUUCCAGAAGGAGUAUCUGUUGAGGAAAAGCCUGAGGCACCAGAUCAAGAUCAGGUAUCGCAUGUACCAUGGGUACGAGGAAAGAAGCCUAAACAACCUGUUCAGGAGAAAGAGGAGAUUACUUUGAAACCAGUGAAGAAGGAUAUUCCAGUGGAGACAGAAGAAAGAGAAAUUGUACAGUUGAAGCCUGUUGAGAAACCGAAGCCAACAGCCGAAGACUUGGAAAGAAUUACCCUUAAACUUGAACCAGCAGUGGAGAAACAAAAACCAUUAGAGAAACUUGUAUAUGAAAGGGAAGUACCUUUAAUUCCAAGUAAUGAGGAAUCUCCCUUACAAGAUAGUAAGGAGAUCACCAAAGUACCUUGGCAACGUGGAAAGAAACAUGAGGCACCUGAACUGGAAAAGGAGGAAAUUACUUUGAAACCUGUCAAAAAGAGUGUUCCUGAGAAAACCGAUGAUAGGAAAGAAUUGCGAUUGAAGCCUGUACCUAAAGAGAAACCAUCAGUAGAUGAGGUACAGGAAGUUAUGCUAAAACCUGUGAAGAAGGACGAAAAGGAAGUAAUUACAGAGAAACAAGGUGUAACUAUAAAAGAAGUAGGAGAAAACCAAAUAGGGGAAGAAAAAAAUUUGCAGGAGCUGAAAUCAGAAGAGUUGCCUAAGGAUGACACUCCUACCAAAAAACCCAGUGUACCUUGGAGAAAAAAGAAACCAGUGCCUAUGAAGGAGGCUCCACUUGAUGUGGAGGAAUUAACGGACACUGCUCCAGAAGUGUCUAAAGUUACCAUGACUCCUGGUAUGCCUAAACUUGCAGAUGCUCCAGAUAUUUUAAAGGAAGUUCUAGAUGAGAAACCAAUGCUACUUCCUGUAAGACUGAUUGAUGAACAAGAUGAGAUGAUGAAAGAUUUAGUAUCUGUAGGUGAAAUUGCCUUGGCAAAACCCAAAGCUGUGCACCCUUCAGAUAAAGAGAAAUUACUGUCUGAGAGCGUGCAGGUGGAAGCUACUACAGAAACUCUUGAUUGGCACAAAGACAUUAAGGUGGAUACUUUUUCCAAAAAGAAAGUUCCUGAAGAAUCCCGACCCACAAUUCUUUCUGAUAGUACACCAUUAAGUGAAUUGGAAAUUGUGUCUCAGAAGCGGGUGACUGAUAGCGUGUUGAAGAUUCCAGAGGAACCCAUUCAAGACGUGGAAAAUCUUGAUGUUCAUCACACAGUCAGUCAGACAGUGGUACAAAAGACAGUCACAGAAGCCACUAAAAGUAUUUCAAAAGCUGUACCCCCAAGAUUUGUUAGAAAAUUGACACCUGCCAUGGUGGAACCAAACAAGAAAGCAACAUUUAUUUGUGAAGUUGAAGGAAAGCCUUUCCCUGAAUUGACUUGGUUUGUUAAUGAAAAACCGUUGCCUUUGUCAAAUCGCAUACAGACGUCAGUUCGUGAAAAAGUUGUGACACUUGAAAUAAGGGAUGUAUUUAAAGAAGAUGUUGGUAUUUAUUCCUGCCGUGCUUCAAAUCCUGCUGGUGUGGCUACAUCUGCAGCAAAUUUGAUCAUUUUGGAGAAACCAGAAAUGGGCAGGGCUCCUCAUUUUACUGAGCAACUGAAACCACUGUCAGCUGCUCCUGGACGUCCUGCUGAGCUGAAAUGUGUUGUUGUUGGUGAGCCUACACCUGAAGUAGUUUGGUUACGUGAUGGUCAGAAAGUGUUCUCUGGACCUGGCCAGGAAAUGUACUACAAUCCUGAAUCUGGAACUGCGAGUUUGAUUAUCAGUGAACCAACGGAACAUGAUGAAGCAGUGUACAGUGUACAAGCCAUUAACAAAUUUGGCCGAGCAGAAUGCCGAGCAAAUCUUGUACUUGGUAAACCAAUAGAAGCAAGACAGCCACAGUUUAUGAGGGCACCAUAUAUAACACGUCCCUUACAAGCCAUUGCUGCAGUAAAAGAUGAGCCUGUGGAGCUGAUGGCAGCAUUUGAAGGAGAACCUGUACCAGAAGCAAAGUGGUUUCGCAAUGGAAAGGAGGUGGUGGCUUCAGAGGGAAUUGAUAUUGUGAAAGAGACAAAACAUACUGUUUUACGUAUAGAAAAGAUAAACAAAACCAGUACUGGAAUGUAUGAAGUUCGUGCUAUAAAUCCAGUUGGAGAGGCCAAAACAUCUUGUUCUGUCACUAUCAGAGAAGAACAGCCUGAAAUGACUGAAGCAAGGCCACCAUCUUUCAUUAAGCCUCUACAGCCAAAGAUUGUAACUGUUGGAGAAGUUGUUAUUUUGGAGACUAUUGUAAAGUCAUACCCUACAUGUUCAUUCCAAUGGUUCCAUCUGUCUACUCCAGUGAAGUCAACAACAGAAACACGGAUUGUGACAGAAGCAAAUAAGUCAUUACUAGUUUUGCAAGAUGUUAAUGAACAACAGACAGGUAGUUAUACAUGUCGUGCAGAGAAUGUUGUUGGAUCAGUGACUUGCACAGCAACACUAUCUGUCAUACCUGAUGAGAAAUGGGAAGAUACUAUAGAGUUAGAGGCUCCACAUUUUGAACAGAAGUUAGUGCCAUUACGAGUCAUGGAUGGAGAACCAGUGCAACUCACUUGCAAGAUUGUUGGAAAACCAAUUCCAAAAGUUAUUUGGUAUCACAAAGGACUACCUUUGAAAGAAUCUAAGGGUGUUACAAUGUACCAAGACUCAGAAGGUGUAUGUAAAUUAGCAAUUUCAGAGGUUUUUCCAGAGGAUGCUGGACAGUACACUUGCCAGGCUAUCAACAAAGCAGGAGAAGCUGUUUGUGCUGCAUCACUUGUUGUUGAAGCUUAUGAAUACGUACCUGACUCUGAGAUUGCAACAACUGGAGUAUCUCUUGUUACAGGACAGAGUGGUUCAGAAGAAGAUCUUUUAGUAGAAAAGGAGACAAUCUCUGAAGUUUCUGAAAUGACAGAAUUGCAACAUGGGGAAGUGGGAAAAGCACCUCGGUUUGUUACUUACUUGCCAGAAACUGUGACCUCACGUGAUGGUGAACUUAUAAGACUGGAGGUCAAAGCAGAGGGAAUACCAAGACCAAAGAUUAGAUGGUACAAGCAAGGAAUAGAACUUACCCCUUCGAAGGAUUUUGAUGUUGAAGAUUUUGAGGAAGGUACUUCGGUCCUCACUAUACCAGAAGUUUUCCCUGACGAUGCGGGUGAGAUUCUAUGCGAAGCUCAGAAUGAUUUUGGCAUUGACACAACAGUUACUGAACUUGUUGUUGAAGGUAUUCUAGGUACAAAGGAAUAUCGAAAACCUGAAUGGGUGACACAGAUGGAACAACUAAAGGAGAAACUGAUGGGUAAUGGCCGUUCGGCCACUUUGCCUGUGCAUGAUGCUGUUGUACCGACUUGCAUGCCAAGCCUCACAAAUGCUAUGGAGUGUUCUGCUGCAGCAUCCCAUUCCCCUAAUCCACCUGGCUUUGCUCAUUUAGUCAUAUCCGACUACCUGAGUUCUCACCGACAUUCUAUCUCGGCAGCUAUAGAAGCGUUGAGUGCAGGUGGCGGAGCAGGAGCAGCGCUGCUCGCAUCGCCACCACUACACCUGACUGAACGACAAGAGAAAGAGGUUGUGGUGGUGGCAGCAGCAGCACUACAACAUGUGCCCGAUAGGAACAAUGAAACUGAACUGAAAAGGGCGUCGCGUAACCUGUCGGCAUCUUGUGAGGCACUGUUUCCUACUCCGAGUAACAGUGUCAUCCAUCUACUUUCCUGCAGUUGCAUACAGCAGACAGCCAGGAGGAAUUGCAAGAAUUUCUGUUGCUUGAAAGUAGGUGCUGUGGAGAGACAGAGGAAUGCCGUGGGCUUGCCUCUGCUUUCUCUGACAGUGAUGACAAUGAGCAUGGCUCUGCCAAAAUCGUGGCAGAGCACUGCUAGCAGGAAAAUUCUUGCAGAAGUUCAAAUAAACCCAACAAUAAUAUCACCUCUAGUCAUAGCUACCCAGAGUGCACCAACAUUUGUACAGGAAAUUAGGGACAACAGGGCUAAGGAAAUGGAAACAGUAACAUUUGAAUGUCAGUUCUCAGGGACUCCACUGCCUGAUAUAACCUGGUAUAAGAAUGGCAAAAUUCUUCGUAAUACAAGGAAUAUUCAAAUUAGAAUUAGAAACAACAAAACUACUUGUCAAAUACUAAAAGUAACCCCAGAAGAUGAAGGAACCUACAUCUGCAAAGCAGCUAGCGAAGUUGGAGUAACUGAAACAAAAGCAGAAUUGUUUGUACAAGAAUUGACUCUUGAGGAGCGCCAAAAACUGGAAGUUAAGAGAGGCACAGAGCAGCAUGCAAAGAUAAAACUGGAGAGAGUAAAAACACAGAAGAAGCCAAAAACAGAAGAAACUGUUGUCGACACAGUUUUUGAGACAGAGAGGAAAAGGGAAAUUGUGGACAUCCAUGAGACACAUGUUCUGGAAUCCACUGCACAGUUUGCAGAGAAAACAAAAAAGGUCACUGCACAGAAAGUCUUUCCAGUUCAAGAUUCAGUUGAGAUAUCUGCAAUUGCAUCAUGUAAAAAAGUUGAUGACACAAGUGAAAAACCCAUUCUGACAGAAGAAAAGGCAAAAGAAAUUGUUCCAGUUCAAGAAAGUGUUACAGUUUCUGAAGUGGAUGUUAAAGAUGAUGUGAAAUAUCUUAAGACACAGAAGACCAAAGUGACAGCUGAUACAAAAGUAAAUAUACAGGAGUCAGUAUCCAUUUCACAACUGAAAAGUGAAGAUAUGGUGAAAGAAUUUGAAGUAAAGCCCUUAGAGGAGCAGGCAGAUAGGAAGGUCAGUGUCCAAGAAUCUGUUAGUGUGUCUGAAGUUAUUACAGAAGACAGAGUCAUAGAUCUGAAAGAAACAAAACCAAAAGAAGAAGAAGCUGUGUUGAUGAAGCCUGUACAAGAGAGUUUCCUAGUAACUGAAACUCUGUCAGAGACUACUAUAACUGAAAUGAAAGAUGCAAAAACCAUGGAGAGUGCAGAAUACAAAGUGCCCAUUUUAGAACCCAUGGUUGUAUCUGAAAUACAGACUGAAACUACAGUUGAAGAAGUCAAAGACAAAAAACCCAAAAGUUAUCAAGCCAAGCCUGAUAAGAGUCCUGUACAGCAAGAAGUAGCAGAAAUUACUGAGGUUAAAGUAGAAAGGGCACCAGAGUUACAAAAGAAGAAAGAGCAAGUAUUGGUUGAAAAGGAAAAGAAGGAAGCUGAGGAAGUAGUGACAGAGAAAAAGGAAACAGAUAUUGUGACGAAGAAGAAGACUGCUGUCAAAAAGAAAGAUCUCGAGGAAGAAGAAGAAAUUAUUGUCCAGCGUGCAUUGAAGACUAUGCAAAAGCUAGAAAGAUGGGAACGUGUGAAACAGGCACAGGAAGUAGAGGAGUUGCUACAUUUGAUUCCUGUUCAAGAAUUUGGACCAGAAAGUGAAAAACCUUUACGUGAACUGGCACGUGUUGGCUGGUUGCUACGGCGAGGGUUAAAUGUGCAAGAAGUAACGGCACUUCAUCGUGCUGGACACUUCCAGGAACUUCGCACACCAUUGGCUCAGUCUGCUCUCGUUUCUUUAGUGGAACGUCAAGGGCACGGAGUUCUGGUUUCACAAGCUCUUGCAGAGGAGGAUGAAGUCCAAGGGCCAGAAACAGCUGGCUUCCGUGCAUUUCUUCGCAUGAUUGAACUGGAAUAUGCCACUGUUGAACAAGCUGUUACUCUUUUUGCUCCUGAAGAUUUCCGCCCAGACUCGUGGGAAGUCCAAGAAGCUACAGAGGUUGUGGAGAAGACACAUAUAACACAACAGGCAGAAACUAUAAAACAAGCUGAAGUUCGUAUUGCUGAUGAGAAGAAAGUGACUAAGAAGAAGAAGACAAAGACUGAAGUUGAAAAAGAAGAAACUCUUGAAGAGAUAGACCAUGAACGGCGCACAGCAUCCAGGACUGCUGCAGAAAAACCACAACCUCAUGAACGACUAAUACCUAUAGAGGUGGAAAGGGAUGAGGGGGUACUGAUUACAGAAUUACCUACUGACCACCAAAUUACAAUAACUGAGCCCUCUCUUGCUAUUGUUACUCAACCAGCUGAAGAACUCGGUGUGCAGAAGACAAGAGCUGAAGAAGAAGAUAAAAAAUUUGAGGAGGAUGAAGAACUAAUUAUAAUUGAAGAAAGAAAGGGGGAGGGUAUCAGAAGCCAGCGGAGAAAGAAGGUCAUCAGACAGAAAUCCGAGGAAGAGGUUGAGGUGGAAAUACAGGUGGUAGGUGGCGAGAAAAGAAAGGUGAAGAAAAUAAUAAAAGCUACUCAACCAGACACAUCUGAAGAAAUGAUUGAUGAGGAAUAUUUGCAGGAAAUAAAACCAUUUGAGAAAGCUGUGCAGAAAGCUUUGCCCCUUUUAAGUACAAAACAAGUGUCAGAGACUGUACCGUCUGUGCAUAUUACGGAACUACAGACAGGAGUUGAGGAUCGUGGUGAGCAUGUAAAAGUGAACAUGUUGACUCUAAGUGCAGUAUCUGGAGAACAAGUGCUUGUGGAAGAACAUGAAGUUCCCACAAAAUCAGCAAAAUUUGAGGGUAUAAAAGCAUCUCAGCGAUUUGACACAAUUGAACCUUAUACUGUUACGGAAGCAGAUGUGCAUACUCGUGCACGAGAAUUCUCUGAUGUGUUCCAGCCACAGUCAUUUGAGGCUAGUGUAGCUAUUAUUCCACGAGAAGGUGUAGUUGUAAGUGAGAUGACUGUGCGUGCUGGAACUGGUGAGUUGGUGGAAUUGGCUGAAGGACAACAGAAGCAGGCAACCAUUGGUUUAACACUGCAAGAAGCAACCAGUGUAAGUGAGACUGAAAUUUCAGUAAAAGAAGGUGACUUCACAGAUCUCAGAAAACCUCAACAGAGGCAAGCAGAACAUAUUUUCUUACCAAAUGAAGGAAUAUCUGUAUUAGAAGUAACAGAGGGUACUUCUGAGAAUGUUCUUCAGAUUACCUCAAAGCCACUUCCUGUGAAACCUCGUGUUCAGGUACCAUCUGCAGAACCAUUGCUGGUUAGUGAGGUGUUUCCUGAGAUGAAACCAGGAAAAUAUCUGCCAGAAUCAUUUGUAGCAACAGAAAUGGCAAGUAAAAGUGUAGUGGCUCAACAUGGAAUCUCAGCUCUAGAAAUGCAUGCACCAGAGAAGGAAGGUGAGUAUGUGUCAGAUCGUCUCCCGCCAUCACAGAUAGCUGGAUCAGAAAUUACUCCAGGAGAGGCAUUACAGGUUUCACAGUCAGAUGUGCAGGAAGCUGAAGCCCCAUUGGCUGCAAAACAACAGCCAGAGACUGCCACAGCAGAAGAAGAUGUUACUCUUAUGCGAGGUAUUACUGUAAGCACUGUGGAAGCACAGCUGCAAGAGAAGGCCUUCAGGAGUGAUGAGCAUGAUGCCAAAAAAGCAGGUGUCUUGUUUAUGGAGAACGAAUCUAUACAGGCAGCAUUCAUGACAGCAGUAGAAAGAGAGGCAGAACUUGCUCCAGAGGAGAAACCAGCUGAAAAAACUGCAGAACCUGUUCUCUCUUGUUUGGAAGCUGCUGAUGUAUCUGAAUCUCUUGUGCAGGAAGUGGAAGGUGAGCUUCUUGCAGACAAGUCACCACUAAAAGUUCAAGCUGAAGCUAGUGUCAGGCCGGAAGAACCACUUUCCAUAUUGGAGGUUUGCGCAGGACACGCAUCUGCUGAGCUGUCAGAGAGCUUAAGAUAUCGCACUGAUGAAGCAGUGUCUGUAUUUGAAACAACAGAAGCUAAGCAAGUAUCAGUGAUACUUGCACAAGAAAAAGAAAGUAUGCUACCUGACCUUCAGAAACCUCUACCAGCUCAGGGUGAAAAAUCAUUUUCACCACAGACAGGUCUAACUGUUGUGCAGACAGUGGCAGAGGAGUCAGAAGGAAUAUUUUUGGCAGCUGAACUGCCAGAAAGUCAUAGAGUGAAGACAUCACCAACUCAGCCUUUUCAGUCAAUUGUUAUUGAAGAAACUCUUGCACAAGGACAUGCAGGUCAUAUAGAAAGGGAUACACCAGCAUUAGGUAUUGCUAAAGCUGACAGAGAACUCCUUCGAGAGAUGAUUAUAGAGGAGGCUAUUACAGGUGAAGGUCUGCAGUCGUACAAGGAAGCAAUGAAACCAGAUAGUAAACAAGCAGGCAUUACAGUUCUACAAGAAGAGAGCUUAACUGUUACUGAGGUGGUUACAGAAGACAAAGAAGCUGGGUAUACAAAGCCCACAAUGCCAACUGAAUGCUUUGCUCUUCCAGAAAUAAAAGGCCAAAAGGUGGCAAUCAUGACAGAAGUGAGACCAGAUAUCUCUGCUGUACCAUUAUCUAGUGAAUAUCCAACAAGAGAAACUGCUAAACCUGAUCAGAUUCCACUUGAAAGCCUUCUUGUGACACUUGCACAAAUGGUUGAGAAAGAAGGUGAGUUGUCCAAAGAUAUAAAGCCAGAUAUAAAGAGUGCAACAGUUGAUUUAACAGAGAGACAUUCAGAGAUUAGUGUGACACAAGUAGUGGCACAUGAUAAAGAAAAAGAAUAUGUUACAGAACAGUCUCCUAAACAAAUGACAGCCACAGCCAGUGUACCAGUUCAUGAAGUGGCUAUUAAGUCAGAGACAUUGCCAGAGUUAAAUGUUGGUGAUCUUCCUGAGAGAGAACAUGUCACAGGUAGAGCAAAGCCUGAUAAUGAACCACUGCAAGAACUUAUAAUCACAGAAACAGCUAUUACUGAAGUUGAGAGACAACUUAAAGAAGGUGUGAAGCCGGAGAAAAGGACUGCAGAUGUAGCCAUUGAUGUAGGUGAAGGAAUAUCAAUUACAGAAAUUGUCGCUGACCAUAAAGAGGCUAUCCUUGAAUCUCUAGAAAUGCCAAAACAGAGGCAGGCCACUCUCAAUAUCCGUAGCCAAGAAGUUGCUCAGAAGGAGGAAGUGGUGAUGGAUUAUGUCACUGGUGAAUGGAAGAGGCAGUCACCAGUUAAGGAAAGUGCUCACCCAGAACAGGAUGCACUGGAAUGUGCUGUGUUACUACAGCCACAUAUUGGUGAAAGGGAAGGUCUUUAUAGUGCAGAUAUUAAGCCAGAUGAAAAAACAGCUAACAUUACCUUUGAAGAAGGUCAGAUACUAAGUGUCACAGAAGUUUUGCCUGAUGACAAAGAAAAACCACUUGAAAUUCCGGAAGCUCCAAACAGAUAUAAAGCAACAGCAGACUUCCGAACUCAAGAAGUUGCAGUGAAGUCUGAAAUAAUAGCUGGGUUAAAUGUCACAGAAAUAACACAUGUAGAGCCAUCAACAGCAGAAGCCACUAAAGACCAGGUUCCAUAUCAGAGUUUUAUUCUUUGUGAGACUCUGACAGGAGAAAAGGAAUCUGAGUAUCAGCCAUUAAUUAUGCCUGAUUCCAAAGUAGCAGAUACUGUUAUCUUGGAAGAAGAGGGACUUACUGUAAAUCAGGUAACUACUGGAGAUGUGGAGACAACAUUUUCUUCACCAGAGAAGCCAGAAGGAAAGAAAGCAUUUCCAUCUGUAAUAGGGCAAGAAAUUGCUGAGAAAACAGCGGUUUGGAUUGAAAGUAGUGUGGGUAAGUUACCAUACGAAGAGCCCCAGUGUGUACAAGCUUUAGCGGAACAAUUGCCACAUCAUAGUUUGAUUCAGUCAGAAAUGGCUCCUGUGGAAUGUGAAGGUGUAUACUCAGUGGGCGUACAGCCAGAUAGUAAGAGUGCAGAGGUUGUAAUUGAUGAAGCAAAAAUGUUAGCCAUUACGGAAGUCAUCACACAAGACAAGGAAGGGCAUUAUGAAGCUCCCAUCAAACCAGAUGGCAAGUUUGCAAAACCUGGUGUAUUGGGACAGGAAGUAGCUCAGAAGAUAGAGGUAGUGACAGAAUCAAGAACUGGUGAAAUACUUUUAGAGACUCCAGUCAAAGUACAAGCCACAUCUGAACAAUUGACAUUUGAGAGUCUACAGCAGGCAGAAGCAACUGUGCAAGAACGAGAAGGAGAAUUUAAAGAGAAACUGAAAUACGAUAUGCUACAUGCAAAUCUGGAAUUUGAACAGGGUAAGAGUUUGACCAUUACUGAAAUAUUGGCACAAGAUAGAGAAGAAAUAAUUGCAACUGUGGAAAAGCCAAAGGAAAGAAAGGCAAAGACAGAUAUCAGUGGCAAAGAAGUGGCAGAAAAGACUGAAAUUGUACCUGAAUUUGGAAUGGGGAAACUAGAGGAAGAAAAAACUUCACCGGCUCAAGCAAAGAAGGCUCAUUUGCCCUUCGAAAGUGUUAUUAAAAUGGAAGUAAGCAUAAGAGAGUGUGAGGAACCCUUGAAGGGUGAUAUUAAGCCCAUAGCCAAACUUGCUGAAAUUGUAUUUGAAGAAGGUCAGCCACUACAAGUUACUUCAAUGGUGACAGGAGACAGAGAAAGUGAAUAUGUAACUCCUGAAAAGCCAAGUGGCAAAGUGGCUCAUUCAGAAGUUCUCACUCAUGAAGUUGCAGAGAAAUCUGAAAUAGUUCCAGGUUUGAAUAUCAGGGAACUGGUUCAGGAGGAACCUCUCAAAGUAAAAGCAAACACUGAACAGGCACCAUUUGAAAGUGUAAUGCAGAUACAAGCUCUUAUUCAAGAAAGUGAAGGGACAUUUGAAAAGGGUGAACUUCCUGCUUUUAGAAAGGCAGGAUUAAAUUUUGAAGCAGAACAAUCUCUCACUAUUUCAGAGGUCACACUUGGCGAUAAGGAACUUCUUUAUACUGCACCUCAAUUACCCAAAGAAAGACAAGCACAGCCAGACAUAACCGAAAGCCAGGAGGUGGCAGAACAAAGUCAGGUGCUCACAGAAAUAGCGGUUGGUCAAAUUGAAGCAAUAGUCCCAGUGUCAGAAACAGCUAAACUGGGACAUGACGUUCUUCAAAGUGUUAUGGUCUAUGAGAGUCAAACUCAUGAAAAUGAAUCUGAGUUUGUCAAAAAACAAUUACCAGUGACAAAAAAGGCUGAUGUCUUCAUAGAAAAGGGAAGGAAGGCACAAACUGUUACAGAAGUAAUUGCAGAUCUCAAGGAGGGAACUGUGAAAGAACUAGAGAUACCAACAGGAAAGAAAGCACGCCCUGAUAUUCUUGGCCAUGAGAUAGCAGAAAAGGCUGAAGUUGUAACACAUCUUUCUGUUGGUGAUGUCAUGGAACACAAAGUUCAUAGGACUUUUGCAUCAUUGGAACAAGUUCCAUUUGAGGGCAUUGUUCAAUCUGAAGCUGUAGUCCGUGAGAAAGAAAAUACCUUUAUCUCUGAUUUAAAAAUGGUCACUGCAAGUGCAGAGACAAUGUUUGAGGAAGGUAAAAGUGUCACUAUCUGCCAAGUUAUACCAGAAGACAAGGAGGAUGAUUUUGUGGCAGCACAAAAGCCCAAAACUCGAAUAGCUCAACCAGAAAUAGAGGCCCAUGAAAUAGCUGAAAAAUCUGAGGUUAUACCAGAAACAGGAGUUUCAGAACUUUCAUUUCAGGUCCCAAAACAUGCACAAGCUAAACCAGAGUCAUUAUUAUUUGAAGGCCUGGUUCAGUCAGAAGUUGCUGUCCGAGAAAGUGAGAUAGAUUUUGAUGGCAAAUUAAAAUUAGAUAAGAGGACUGUAGAUGUUUCAUUUGAGGAAGGCAGUAGUGUCACAAUAAUGGAGGUUAUUCCAGAUGACAAAGAAGCCCAGUAUUUGUCUCCUAUGGCACCUGAAUCUAAAGUAGCUCUACCACACAUAUCUGGGCAUCAGAUAGCAGAGAAAUCAGAGGUAUUACCAGAACUUAGCCUUGGACCUGUUGAUGUGAGACCUACACAGAAAAUACAGGCUGAUGUUCAACAGAUUCCAUUUGAAGGUAUUGUUCAGUCUGAAGCAAUUAUCCGUGAGAAGGAAGACGUCUUUAAAUCAAGUGUGAAGAAAGUGUCGGCCACUGCAGAGAGGAAAUUUGAGGAGGGCAGAAGUGUUACUGUAAGCCAAAUCGUAGCAGAAGACAAGGAAGGCGACUAUGUAAUUACUGAGAAACCCAAAGCCCAAAUGGCUGAACCAGAUGUCCAAGUGCAGCAAGUUGCAGAGAAAACUGAGGUAAUUACAGAAGUAGCAGCAUCUGACCUCUCGGUUGAAAAACCUAAGAAGGCACAAGCUAAAUCUGAAUCCUUCUUGUUUGAAAGCUUAGUUCAGUCAGAAAUUACUGUUCGUGAAAGUGAAAUUGAAUUUACUAGUCAAUUUAAAGAAGAUAAGAAGAAAGUGGAUGUAUCAUUUGAAGAAGGUAGAGGUGUGACAAUAACAGAAGUAGUUCCAGAUGACAGAGAAUCUCAGUACAUCUCUCCUACAGCACCAGAGAGUAAAGUAGCCUUACCAAACAUAUCUGGACAUGAGAUAGCAGAGAAAUCGGAGGUAUUAGCAGAACUUAGCCUUGGACCUGUUGAUGUGAAACCUACACAGAAAAUACAGGCUGAUGUUCAGCAGAUUCCAUUUGAAAGUAUUGUACAGUCUGAAGCAAUUAUCCGUGAGAAGGAAGACGUCUUUAAGUCAAGUGUAAAGAAAGUGUCUGCCACUGCAGAGAGGAAAUUUGAGGAAGGCAGGAGUGUUACUGUAAGUGAAAUCAUAGCAGAAGACAAGGAAGGUGACUAUGUUAUCACUGAGAAACCCAAAGCCCAAAUGGCUGAACCAGACAUCCAAGUACAGCAAGUCGCUGAAAAAACUGAAGUGAUUACAGAAGUGGCAGCGUCUGAGCUCUCAGUUGAGAAACCUAAGAAGGCACAAGCUAAAUCUGAAUCCUUCUUGUUUGAAAGCUUAGUUCAGUCAGAAAUUACUGUUCGUGAAAAUGAAAUUGAAUUUACUAGUCAAUUUAAAGAAGAUAAGAAGAAAGUGGAUGUAUCAUUUGAAGAAGGUAGAGGUGUGACAAUAACAGAAGUAGUUCCAGAUGACAGAGAAUCUCAGUACAUCUCUCCUACAGCACCAGAGAGUAAAGUAGCCUUACCAAACAUAUCUGGACAUGAGAUAGCAGAGAAAUCGGAGGUAUUAGCAGAACUUAGCCUUGGACCUGUUGAUGUGAAACCUACACAGAAAAUACAGGCUGAUGUUCAGCAGAUUCCAUUUGAAAGUAUUGUACAGUCUGAAGCAAUUAUCCGUGAGAAGGAAGACGUCUUUAAGUCAAGUGUAAAGAAAGUGUCUGCCACUGCAGAGAGGAAAUUUGAGGAAGGCAGGAGUGUUACUGUAAGUGAAAUCAUAGCAGAAGACAAGGAAAGUGACUAUGUAAUUACUGAAAAACCCAAAGCCCAAAUGGCUGAACCAGAUGUCCAAGUACAACAAGUUGCAGAAAAAACUGAAGUCAUUACAGAAAUAGCAACUUCUGACCUUUCUGUCGAAAAACCUAUGAAGGCUCAAGUUAAAUCCAAAUCCAUCUUGUUUGAAAGCUUAGUUCAGUCGGAAGUUACUGUUCGUGAAAGUGAAAUUGAAUUUAGUAGCCAAUUUAAAGAAGACAGGAAGAAUGUGGAUGUGUCAUUUGAAGAAGGCAGAGGUGUGACAAUAACAGAAGUAGUUCCAGAUGACAGAGAAUCUCAGUACAUCUCUCCUACAGCACCAGAGAGUAAAGUAGCCCUACCAAACAUAUCUGGACAUGAGAUAGCAGAGAAAUCAGAAGUAUUAACAGAACUUAGCCUUGGUCCUGUUGAUGUGAGCCCUGCACAGAAAAUACAGGCUAAUGUUCAACAAAUUCCAUUUGAAGGUAUUGUUCAGUCUGAAGCAAUUAUCCGGGAGAAGGAAGAAAUCUUUAAGUCAGGCAUGAAGAAAGUGUCUGCCACUGCAGAGAGAAAAUUUGAAGAAGGCAGAUGUGUUACUGUAAGUGAAAUCAUAGCAGAAGACAAGGAAGGCGACUAUGUAAUUACUGAAAAACCCAAAGCCCAAAUGGCCGAACCAGACGUCCAAGUGCAGCAAGUUGCAGAGAAAACUGAGGUAAUUACAGAAGUAGCAGCAUCUGACCUCUCGGUUGAAAAACCUAAGAAGGCACAAGCUAAAUCUGAGUCCUUCUUGUUUGAAAGCUUAGUUCAGUCAGAAAUUACUGUUCGUGAAAGUGAAAUUGAAUUUACUAGUCAAUUUAAAGAAGAUAAGAAGAAUGUGGAUGUAUCAUUUGAAGAAGGUAGAGGUGUGACAAUAACAGAAGUAGUUCCAGAUGACAGAGAAUCUCAGUACAUCUCUCCUACAGCGCCAGAGAGUAAAGUAGCCCUACCAAACAUAUCUGGACAUGAGAUAGCAGAGAAAUCAGAGGUGUUAACAGAACUUAGCCUUGGACCUGUUGAUGUGAAACCUACACAGAAAAUACAGGCUGAUGUUCAGCAGAUUCCUUUUGAAGGUAUUGUUCAGUCUGUAGCAAUUAUCCGUGAGAAGGAAGACGUCUUUAAGUCAAGUAUAAAGAAAGUGUCUGCCACUGCAGAGAGGAAAUUUGAGGAAGGCAGGAGUGUUACUGUAAGUGAAAUCAUAGCAGAAGACAAGGAAAGUGACUAUGUAGUCAUGGAAAAACCUAAACCCCAGGUAGCUGAAGCUGAAGUUGGAGUGCAACAAGUCGCUGAGAAAUCUGAAGUAUUUACGGAAGUGGCAGCAUCUGAUCUCUCAGUUGAAAAACCAAAGCAUGUACAAGCUACAGCUGAACAAUUGUUGUUUGAAAGCUUAGUUCAGUCAGAAAUUACCAUCCGUGAAAGUGAAUCUGAUUUUGUGAGUCAGCUCAGAGAAGACAAGAAGAGAGUCAAAGUAUUGUUUGAAGAAGGGCAAGGUGUGGCAAUAACAGAAGUAGUGCCAGAUGACAAGGAGUCUCAGUAUAUCACUCCUGGGGCACCAGAGACUAAAGUUGCUCUGCCAAAUGUGUCUGGGCAGGAGGUUGCACAGAAAUCACAGGUGUUUCCUGAGAUGUCUCUUGGUGAAGUAAAAGUGAAGGCCCCCCAAGAACUUCAAAUCACCAUUGAUCAAGUUCCCUUUGAAAGCAUAAUACAGUCAGAAGCUUUAGUGAGUGAAAGAGAGGAGCAUUUCCAGUAUGAUUCUAAAAUGAUAUCAGCAAGUGCAAAGAGUGUGUUUAUUGAAGGUAAGAGCAUAACUGUGUCUCAGGUAGUUCCUGAGGAUAAGGAAAUUGUGUGUGUUGUAGAAGACAGACCUAAGGAACAGAAGGCUGUAGUAGAUAUUCGUGGACAAGAAAUAGCUGAGAAGUCUGAAGUUGUAGCUGGUACAGGAAUACGUGAGUUUUCUGUGGGUUUGCCUAAACUUGUACAAGCUCAGCCAGAAGCUAUUCUUCAUGAAGGACUAGUACAAACAGAGGCUGCUGUUCAAGAAAAUGAACAGACAUUUGAGGGGAAAUUUGUACCUGAUUCUAGAAGUGCAGGUAUGACAUUUGAAGAAGAAAGAGGUGUUACUAUUACUGAAGUCAUUCCUGAACAUAAGGAAGAAAUAUAUACUGCACCCGAUUUUCCUGAAACCAAACUUGCCCUGCCAGAUGUAACGCCAACAGAAGUAGCACAGAAGCUUGAGAUUUGUGCAGAUAUUUCUCUAGGAGGAAUUGAUGUCAGACCAGUGCAGAAACUUCAGGUGAGCCCAAGGCAACUUCCUUUUGAAAGUUUGAUGCAAUCAGAACCAAUUAUUCGUGAAAAGGAAGGAGAAUUUGCAUCUGGUGUAACUGCUGUUACAGUAACUGCAGAGAGGAGUUUUGAAGAAGAGAGAAGUUUAACAAUUAGUCAAAUUAUCACAAGUGAUAGAGAAGUGGAUUAUACGGUAGAACAGCAGCCAAAGCAACUUAUAGCUGAGGCAUCUGUGUGUGGUACUGAAGUGGCACAGAAAUCUGAAGUCAUGACACAUGUUAGCGUAAAUGAAUUUGAUGUAACUAUCCCAAAAACUGCACAGGCUCAACCACAUUCUGUACCUUUUGAAGGAAUUUUACAAACAGAGGCUAUAGUACGAGAAAAGGAACAAGACUUUGUAGGAUUAGAACACCUGAAGGAAAGCAGCAGGUGUGCAGACAUUGCAUUUGAAGAAGGAAGUGGAAUUACCAUUACAGAAAUUUUUGAGCAACAUAAAGAAGGCCAAUAUGUAACACCUACUCUUCCAGAUUUCAAGUCAAUAAAGCCAAAUAUUGAUACAAAAGAGGUAGCUGAAAAAUCUGAAGUUUUCACUGAAACAUGUGUUGGGGAAGUUGAAGUGAAACCAGUCAAGAAACUAAAAAUUAGUUUUGACCAAACACCAUUUGAAAGCAUUAUUCAGUCACAGGCAAUUGUUAGUGAAAAAGAAGGAGAAUUCCAUGCUGAUGUGAAAAAAGUAAUGGUAAGUGCAGAAAAAGGCUUCGAAGAGGGCAGAAGUGUUACUAUCACAGAAGUUGUUACUGAAGAUAAGGAAGCCGACUAUGUAGCUACAAAACUGCCAAAACCUCAAACUGCACAAACAGAAAUUCGUGGACAGGAGAUUGCUGAGAAAUCUGAAAUUGUCACUCAGUUUGGUACAGCUGAGUUGCAUACAGAUGUACCAACCACUGCACAGGCCUUCCCAGAAUCAUUUCCUCUUCAGAGUCUUAUCCAGACUGAAGCAGUUGUUCAGGACAGAGAAAGUGACUUUGUGGAUCAAUCUAGACCAGAUUCCAAGAGUGCAGCUAUAGUAUUUGAGGAAGGACAGGUUGCAUCAGUAACACAGGUGGUUCCGGAAGAUAAAGAAAGCGAAUAUUUUGCUCCAGAGGUAAUUGAAACAAAAACUGCACAACCCAACAUCUCAGGUAAAGAAGUGGCUCAGAAGUCUGAAGUAUUGACAGAAUUAUGUCUGGGAGAAGUUGAAAUUAAAUCUGCACAGCAAGUACAGAGUAAAGUGGAACAAAUUACAUUUGAAAGUAUCAUGCAGUCAGAAGCAUUAGUUCAAGAAAAGGAACAAGAACAGGACUUGCGUCUAGAUAUAAGAUCAUCUCUGAAGAGAGCUGAGACAAGCUUCACUGAAGGAAAGAGCAUUACUGUCACACAAAUAAUUCUGGAAGAUAAGGAAGAAGACUAUUCAAUUGGAAAAAAGCCAGAAGAGCAUGCUGUUGUACCUGAAAUUGAAAGUAGAGAAAUUGCAGAGAAAUCUGUAACUCUUAGUGAAAUGAGUGUUGGAGAACUCUCCAUAGAAAAACCCAAAUUGCUUAAGCUUCAGCCAGAUUCCAUACCUUGUGAAGGACUGUUACAAACAGAAGCUAUUGUACAGGAAAAAGAAAGAGACUUUAUUGGACACCUGAAACUAGACUCAAGGAAUGCAGAUGUUGCCUUUGAGGAAGGAAGAGGAAUUUCAGUAACAGAAGUUGUUUCAGAAGAUAAGGAAAGCCAAUACAUUGUUCCUGAAGCACCACUGAGUAAAGCAACACUUUCUGAUAUAUCAAGAAAAGAAGUUUUACAUACAUCAGAAGUAAUUCCUGACACUUGUCUUGCAGAUUUCAAAGCACAUCCUGCUCAGGAAAUGCAUGUUACAGUGGAACAAAUUCCAUAUGAAAGUUUGAUACAGACACAAACUGAAAUUCAGGAAAGUGAAGUAGAAUUUAGAAGAUCUACUCAAAUAACAGAAAAAAACGCUAAACCAAAGUUUGAAGAAAGAAGAAGUCUAAGUGUCCUUCAAGUGACAACACAACAGAAGGAAGGAAACAUUGAGGUUUCUGAGUUUCCAAAAUUUCAACACGCACUGCCUGAUUUGAUAAGCCAAGAAUCUGUUCAGUUAAGUGAAGUAAUUCCUGGAGUUUCUGUGGGAGAUGUUAAGCAGGAAGCUGACGUGAAAGAAAAGGCCAAAUACAGUCAGGAUCUCACUGAAGGUGUUAUUAUAUCUGAAGAACUUAUACAAGAAAAGGAACAUACUUUUGACAAGGUUUUCCAGCCUGAAACAAAAAGUGCAGAUAUUGAAUUUGAGGAACAGAGAGCUACAGCUGUAUCAGUUGUCAUAGCAGAAGAUAAAGAAGGUUUCUUUGUCUCUUCAGAAGCUCCAAAAACAGGUGUCGCCAGGCCAAAGAUACCAGUUAAAGAAGUAGCAGAGAAAGUAGAAAUUGUCACAGAACAGGACAUUGCUGAUCUAAUUAGUGAGAAACCCAUGGAAAUGCAUGCUAAGCCACAGCAGCAACCAAUAGAAACUAUAUUACAAACAGAAGUACUUGUUAGGGAAAGGGAAGGAAUGUUUUAUGGUGACUCCAAACCAGAUACUCAAAAUGUUGAAGUCACAUAUGAUGAUGGGAAGAAGGGUAUCAUGGUCACCCAAGUUAUUCCUGAAGAUAAAGAGGGUAUUUAUCAAGAAAAAGAUGUUCCAAAGAAGCAAACUGCUGUGCCGCAAGUACCAGAAAAAGAAGUUAUUCAACAGUUGGAAGUCAUUCCUGGCCACACAACAGAAGAAGCUUCCCUUCACAUAAUACCCACAAAAAGUAAAGCAACAACCGAACAGUUACCAUAUGAAAGUAUCAUUCAAAGUGAGACAUCCUUGCAAGAAAUGGAGGGGAUUUUCAAGCCCACACUUAAGCCAGAUAUAUCAAGUGCAGAGCUGAAAUUCCAAGAGGGGCAAAGCGUCAUGGUUACAGAAGUGAUAGUGCAAGAUAAAGAAGGUACAAAGGUUGUCACAAAAACUGUGAAAGAAGAGAUUGCUCACAAAGAUAUUGUAGAACAAGAGGCAGCUUUCAUGUCUGAAGUGCAUCCAGAGAAUGGAAUAGGUAGACUAGAUGUAGAUAUUCCCACCCCAAUUGUGGCAAAAGAGUCUGCUCCCCAGGCACAACACAGCAUAAUGGUCACCGAACUACAGAGCACUGGUGAGGUUGAAGCUAAGCUGCCAGACCUCAUCAAACCAUCACCAAAGAGAGUCAGCAUCUCCUUUGAAGAGGGAACCAAUGUCAUUGUAACAGAAGUGCAGCCAGAAGACAGAGAGGAGAGCCUGGACGACAAUACAUCAGCCUCUCAGACACGUCACAUCACUGCCACACAAGUGACCGACCAUAUGCCUGAGGUAAAAGUAAUUGAAACUACAACUGAGUUCCUUCAAGGUGAGUACACUAUAAAGAGUGCGGACAGAGAAUCUGCUGAUGAAGACACCGGGGAUGUAGACACAGUCCACAAACUUGAGACACCAGUUAUAGAGCUGAAAAGCUUACCAGACCAUGACAAGGAACAGGGCACUACUGAUGAAAUUGAAGUUAAGGAAAAGAUGGUGAAACCCAUGAUUAGAAAGAAGACGACGUUCCCAAUUGAGGACAGUAAACCUGCAACGGAAGACGACACAAGGGAAGAAACUGUGCCAAUAUUGGAAGAACUUGAGGAGGAAAAGGCAGAUAAGCAUCCUGAGGAUGACAGGGAGGUUGAGAAGGUUGUUGAAGGAGCGAUGGAAGACACAAGAAAAGAGAAGAAAAUGAAACGUAUUAUCAAGAGGAAGAAGAUUACUCUGGUAGAAGGGGAGAAACCGUUAGGAGAGGAUGUAAAAGAGGAAACUGCACCACUACAUGAGAAGCCAGAAGAAGAGAAAGAAAAUGAAAUCUUGGAGAGUACCAUGAUGGUUGAGAAAGCUGAGGACAGAGAGAUGGAAGAAGCAACUGAUGAGAAGAAAGUGAAACGUAUAGUGAGAAGAAAGAAGGCUACACCAAAUGAAGAGGAGAAACCAUCAACAGAAGGUGCAGAGGAGGAAACUGUGACAUUGUUUCAAAAGCCUAAAGAGGAGGAGAAGCCAGAGAUUGGUGAGGGGGAGAAGGAAGGAAUUACUGAAGACAUCAAACUGAAACACAUUAUCAGGAAGAAAAAAACUAAGCCAGCUAAAGAGAAGAAACUUUCUGAGGAACCUGUAGCACCAUGUGAUAAACCAGAAGAUGAGGAGCUAUAUGAAACUCCUGAAGGGGUCAUAACAGUUGAAAAAGGUGAGGAGGAAGAGACAGAAGAAACAUCGAAAGAGAAGAAAGUGAAACGCAUACUCAGAAGGAAAAAGAUUACACCAACUGAAGAGGAGAAACCUUCAGUGGAAGGUACAAAGCAGGAAACUGCAUCACUGACAGAAAAGCCCAAAGAGGAGUCAGAAAUUUCUGAAGGGGAGGAGGAAGAAUUGACUGACCAGACAAAAAAGAAACGCAUUAUCAGGAAGAAAAAGACUAUGGUGCUUGAGAAGGAGAAACCUUCAGAUGAGAGUAAACAAGAAGAACCAUUGCCAGUACUGGAGAAGCCAGAGGAGCAAAAGGCAGAGGAAAUUCCUGAAACAGUCAAGGAGGCUGAAGAUGUGGAACAAGUGGAAGCAACAAAAGAAAAGAAGGUUAAGCGCAUAGUCAGGAAAAAGAAGGUGGUACCAGAAGAGGCAGAAAAACCUGUCGAGGAAGAAAUGAUUGAAGAUACCUUGCCAUUACCAGAGAAACCUGCUGAAGGAAAGGCAGAUACAGAAGAGCAAACUGACAGUGUGCCAGUAGCUAAAGAUGAGGUUCCUGCUGAAACUGUUGAUGAAACUGAACACAAAAAAGUGAAACGAAUAGUGAAAAAGAAAAAGAAAACUGUUCCAGAAGAAGAAAAGCCAAGUGGUGUGCAAGAAGAAGAAACUAUUAUGCCAUCCUUGGAAAAAUCUGAGGAAGAACUGCCCGAAGAAAAGCCUGAUGUUGAAGAGGAUACUACAACAGUACCUGAGGACUCAAAGGGAAGGAGGGUAAAGCGAAUUGUGUCCAAAACAAAGAAAGGCAUUCUGAAGGAAGAGGAGAAACCAACAGAAGGCAAGGUAGAAGAGGAUGUAGCUCCUAGAAAACCAACAGAUGACAAACCUGUCAAGAAGAAGAAAGUCACUGGACUACAAAUGAUGAAAAUUGAGAAGAAAGAAAUUAAAGCUACUCAGCUGAAGGUGAUUGAUGUCAAAGAAGACAUUCCCCUAUUUGCACAGAUAAAAUUAAAGAAAGUGACACCUGUCAAGAAACGAGAAAUAAAGGGUGUGACAAUUCCCAAAGUCUUGCUUAAGAGUAACAUUAAAUUUAUCGAUUAUCCACCAGCUGAACAGAAGCCAGUCAUAACAAUUCUUGAGGUGCACUUUGACAAGGGUAUUCUGUCACGGAACUAUCAGGAAGCACUGAAAGUCCAGAAGAGAAAAGUAAAAAAGGUACGAAUCAAGGAUAAGGAAGCAACUGAGUUGGAGGAACCUGAGAAGUUCCCUGCAGAUGACACAGAAAAACCGGAACCUACAGAGAAAGUUGAUCAGCCGACAUGGCAGAGCUUGCCAAAGAAACCGACACCUGAACAACAAGAAACAAAGAAGCUUGAUAUUGGGAAAGGAAAAGUCCCAGAGCAGGAAACUCCUGUCCCAGAGGACAUCAAGUUGAAAAAGAUUCCUGAAAAACCAACACCUGGUGAAGAGGAGCAGAAGAUCAAGCCAUCGAAAAAAGAUGGGGAUGAACAAAAGAUAAAGAAGCCUAAGGAAUCUGAGAAAGAACCAUUGGCUCCUUUUGAGGGGAAGGACAUAGAAAAGCAUGAUACAGACUUAGAGCAAUAUGAGAGGAAGAGCCCAGAGAAAUCAGAUGAUGAGACUUCCAAACCUGAGGUGAAAAAGAGACCUAAGGCAAAGAAACCAAAACCAGAGCCAGAGACCAUUCAGAUUCCACUGGAGAAAGGAAUUCCUAAGAAACCGCAGCCAGAAGAUGACAAGGAGAUCAAGCUAAGGAAGAAAAUGGGUGAACCCACCCCAGAUGAACCCGAGGUGAUUACUCUCAAACCAUUCAGAAAAGAGAAACCAGAAGAUAAAUCAGAGCAGCCAGAGAAAGAGGAAGGGAAGCCCAAAGGAGUAGACAGACUCACAGAGGAGGAAGAGGUAGAGAAGGACCAACUGCCAGAGGGAAAAAGGAAGAAGAAAAUAGUGAAGAAGGUUCGGAAACCAGAGGCACCACAGGAAGAAGCAGAGAAGUCUGUAUCAGAUGUUCCUGAGGCUGAGACACAGGAAAUAGUUUCCCCCAAAGAAGACCAGCCUAGUGCAGUGACAGUUCCUGAAUCAGUGAGUGAGCCUUUAACAGCAGUAGACGAACAACCAAAGGUUUCUGAGGAAGAGAAGCCCGACAAAGUGGUGGCAGAUGAAGUGCCAGAACAAGAAGUAGAAAAGGACCAACUGCCAGAGGGAAAAAGGAAGAAGAAAAUAUUGAAAAAGGUUCGGAAACCGGAGGCACCACAGGAACAAGCGGAGAAGCCUUCACCAGAUGUUCCUGAGGCUGAGACACAGGAAAUAGUUUCCCCCAAAGAAGACCAGCCUAGUGCAGUGACAGUUCCUGAAUCAGUGAGUGAACCUUUAACUGCAGUAGAUGAGCAACCAAAGGUUUCUGAGGAAGAGAAGCCUGACAAAGUGGCUGCGGAUGACGUGCCAGAACAAAAGGUUGUCAGAAAGAAAGUGAAGGUACAGAAGGUGAAGACAGAGAAAGAAGUGAAACCAGAAGAAGAGGUUCAAGAAGAAAAGAAAGAAGAGGUGGAAAAGCUGGAGGUUGUGGUGAAAGAGGUACCUGAGGAUGAGAAGGAACAUGGUACUACUGAAGAAAUGGAAGUUAAAGAGAAAAAGGUGAAACACAUAAUCAGAAAGAAGAAGACAACUCCAAGUGAAGAAGAGAAACCUUCAGAUGAGAGUAAAGGAGAAGAAUCAUUACCAGUACUGGAGAAGCCAGAGGAGCAAAAGGCAGAGGAAAUUCCAGAAACAGUCAAGGAGGCUGAAGAUGUGGAACAAGUUGAAGCAACAAAAGAAAAGAAGGUUAAGCGCAUAGUCAGGAAAAAGAAGGUUGUACCAGAAGAGGCAGAAAAACCUGUGGAGGAAGAAAUGAUUGAAGAUACCUUGCCAUUACCAGAGAAACCCGCUGAAGGAAAGGCAGAUACAGAAGAGAAAACUGACAGUGUGCCGGUAGCUAAAGAUGAGGUUCCUGAAACUGUUGGUGAAACUGAACACAAAAAAGUGAAACGAAUAGUGAAAAAGAAAAAGAAAACUGUUCCAGAAGAAGAUGAAAAGCCAGUUGGUGUGGAGAAAGAGGAAACUAUUAUGCCAUCCUUGGAAAAAUCUGAGGAAGAACUGCCCGAAGAAAAGCCUGAUGUUGAAGAGGAUACUACAACAGUAUCUGAGGACUCUAAGGGAAGGAGGGUAAAGCGAAUUGUGUCCAAAACAAAGAAAGGCAUUCCGAAGGAAGAGGAGAAACCAACAGAAGGCAAGGUAGAAGAGGAUGUAGCUCCUAGAAAACCAACAGAUGACAAACCUGUCAAGAAGAAGAAAUUCACUGGACUACAAAUGAUGAAAAUUGAGAAGAAAGAAAUUAAAGCUACUCAGCUGAAGGUGAUUGAUGUCAAAGAAGACAUUCCCCUAUUUGCACAGAUAAAAUUAAAGAAAGUGACACCUGUCAAGAAACGAGAAAUAAAGGGUGUGACAAUUCCCAAAGUCUUGCUUAAGAGUAACAUUAAGUUCAUUGAUUAUCCACCAGCUGAACAGAAGCCAGUCAUAACAAUUCUUGAGGUGCACUUUGACAAGGGUAUUCUGUCACGGAACUAUCAGGAAGCACUGAAAGUCCAGAAGAGAAAAGUAAAAAAGGUACGAAUCAAGGAUAAGGAAGCAACUGAGUUGGAGGAACCUGAGAAGUUCCCUGCAGAUGACACAGAAAAACCAGAACCUACAGAGAAAGUUGAUCAGCCAGCAUGGCAGAGCUUGCCAAAGAAACCUGCACCUGAGCAACAAGAAACACAGAAGCUUGAUAUUGGGAAAGGAAAAGUUCCAGAGCAGGAAACUCCUGUCCCAGAGGACAUCAAGUUGAAAAAGGUUCCUGAAAAACCAACACCUGGUGAAGAGGAGCAGAAGAUCAAGCCAUCGAAAAAAGAUGGGGAUGAACCACAGAUGAAGAAGCCUAAGGAAUCUGAGAAAGAACCAUUGGCUCCUUUUGAGGGGAAGGACAUAGAAAAGCAUGAUACAGACUUAGAGAAAUAUGAGAGGGAGAGCCCAGAGAAAUCAGAUGAAGAGACUUCCAAACCUGAGGUGAAAAAGAGACCUAAGGCAAAGAAACCAAAACCAGAGCCAGAGACCAUUCAGAUUCCACUGGAGAAGGGAAUUCCUAAGAAACCGCAGCCAGAAGAUGACAAGGAGAUCAAGCUAAGGAAGAAAAUGGGUGAACCCACCCCAGAUGAACCCGAGGUGAUUACUCUCAAACCUUUCAGAAAAGAGAAACCAGAAGAUAAAUCAGAGCAGCCAGAGAAAGAGGAAGGGAAGCCCAAAGGAGUAGACAGACUCACAGAGGAGGAAGAGGUAGAGAAGGACCAACUGCCAGAGGGAAAAAGGAAGAAGAAAAUAGUGAAGAAGGUUCGGAAACCAGAGGCACCACAGGCAGAAGCAGAGAAGCCUGUAUCAGAUGUUCCUGAGGCUGAGAUACAGGAAAUAGUUUCCCCCAAAGAAGACCAGCCUAGUGCAGUGACAGUUCCUGAAUCAGUGAGUGAGCCUUUAACAGCAGUAGACGAACAACCAAAGGUUUCUGAAGAAGAGAAGCCUGACAAAGUGGCUGCAGAUGACGUGCCAGAACAAAAGGUUGUCAGAAAGAAAGUGAAGGUACAGAAGGUGAAGCCAGAGAAAGAAGUGAAACCAGAAGAAGAGGUUCAAGAAGAAAAGAAAGAAGAGGUGGAAAAGCUGGAGGUUGUGGUGAAAGAGGUACCUGAGGAUGAGAAGGAACAUGUUACUACUGAAGAAAUGGAAGUUAAAGAGAAAAAGGUGAAACACAUAAUCAGAAAGAAGAAGACAACUCCAAGUGAAGAAGAGAAACCUUCAGAUGAGAGUAAAGGAGAAGAAUCAUUACCAGUACUGGAGAAGCCAGAGGAGCAAAAGGCAGAGGAAAUUCCAGAAACAGUCAAGGAGGCUGAAGAUGUGGAUCAAGUUGAAGCAACAAAAGAAAAGAAGGUUAAGCGCAUAGUCAGGAAAAAGAAGGUUGUACCAGAAGAGGCAGAAAAACCUGUAGAGGAAGAAAUGAUUGAAGAUACCUUGCCAUUACCAGAGAAACCUGCUGAAGGAAAGGCAGAUACAGAAGAGAAAACUGACAGUGUGCCAGUAGCUAAAGAUGAGGUUCCUGCUGAAACUGUUGAUGAAACUGAACACAAAAAAGUGAAACGAAUAGUGAAAAAGAAAAAGAAAACUGUUCCAGAAGAAGAUGUAAAGCCAAUUGAUGUGGAGGAAGAGGAAACUAUUAUGCCAUCCUUGGAAAAAUCUGAAGAAGAAGUGCCUGAAGAAAAGCCUGAUGUUGAAGAGGAUACUACAACAGUACCUGCGGACUCUAAGGGAAGGAGGGUAAAGAGAAUUGUGUCCAAAUCAAAGAAAGGCAUUCCGAAGGAAGAGGAGAAACCAACAGAAGACAAGGCAGAAGAGGACAGAGCUCCUAGAAAACCAACAGAAGACAAACCUGUCAAGAAGAAGAAAGUCACUGGACUACAAAUGAUGAAAAUUGAGAGGAAAGAAAUUAAAGCUACUCAGCUGAAGGUGAUUGAUGUCAAAGAAGACAUUCCCCUAUUUGCACAGAUAAAAUUAAAGAAAGUGACACCUGUCAAGAAACGAGAAAUAAAGGGUGUGACAAUUCCCAAAGUCUUGCUUAAGAGUAACAUUAAAUUUAUCGAUUAUCCACCAGCUGAACAGAAGCCAGUCAUAACAAUUCUUGAGGUGUACUUUGACAAAGGUAUUCUGUCACGGAACUACCAGGAAGCUCUGAAAGUGCAAAAGAGGAAAGUAAAAAAGGUACGAAUCAAGGAUAAGGAAGCAACUGAGUUGGAGGAACCUGAGAAGUUCCCUGCAGAUGACACAGAAAAACCAGAACCUACAGAGAAAGUUGAUCAGCCGACAUGGCAGAGCUUGCCAAAGAAACCUGCAUCUGAGCAACAAGAAACACAGAAGCUUGAUAUUGGGAAAGGAAAAGUUCCAGAGCAGCAAGCUCCUGUCCCAGAGGACAUCAAGUUGAAAAAGAUUCCUGAAAAACCAACACCUGGUGAAGAGGAGCAGAAGAUCAAGCCAUCGAAAAAAGAUGGGGAUGAACAAAAGAUAAAGAAGCCUAAGGAAUCUGAGAAAGAACCAUUGGCGCCUUUUGAGGGGAAGGACAUAGAAAAGCAUGAUACAGACUUAGAGCAAUAUGAGAGGGAGAGCCCAGAGAAAUCAGAUGAAGGGGCUUCCAAACCUGAGGUGAAAAAGAGACCUAAGGCAAAGAAACCAAAACCAGAGCCAGAGACCAUUCAGAUUCCACUGGAGAAGGGAAUUCCUAAGAAACCGCAGCCAGAAGAUGACAAGGAGAUCAAGCUAAGGAAGAAAAUGGGCGAACCCACCCCAGAUGAACCCGAGGGGAUUACUCUCAAACCAUUCAGAAAAGAGAAACCAGAAGAUAAAUCAGAGCAGCCAGAGAAAGAGGAAGGGAAAUCCAAAGGAGUAGACAGACCCACAGAGGAGGAAGAGGUAGAGAAGGACCAACUGCCAGAGGGAAAAAGGAAGAAGAAAAUAGUGAAGAAGGUUCGGAAACCAGAGGCACCACAGGAAGAAGCAGAGAAGUCUGUAUCAGAUGUUCCUGAGGCUGAGACACAGGAAAUAGUUUCCUCCAAAGAAGACCAGCCUAGUGCAGUGACAGUUCCUGAAUCAGUGAGUGAGCCUUUAACAGCAGUAGACGAACAACCAAAGGUUUCUGAGGAAGAGAAGCCCGACAAAGUGGUUGCAGAUGAAGUGCCAGAACAAGAAGUAGAAAAGGACCAACUGCCAGAGGGAAAAAGGAAGAAGAAAAUAUUGAAAAAGGUUCGGAAACCGGAGGCACCACAGGAACAAGCGGAGAAGCCUUCACCAGAUGUUCCUGAGGCUGAGACACAGGAAAUAGUUUCCCCCAAAGAAGACCAGCCUAGUGCAGUGACAGUUCCUGAAUCAGUGAGUGAACCUUUAACUGCAGUAGAUGAGCAACCAAAGGUUUCUGAGGAAGAGAAGCCUGACAAAGUGGCUGCGGAUGACGUGCCAGAACAAAGGGUUGUCAGAAAGAAAGUGAAGUUACAGAAGGUGAAGACAGAGAAAGAAGUGAAACCAGAAGAAGAGGUUCAAGAAGAAAAGAAAGAAGAGGUGGAAAAGCUGGAGGUUGUGGUGAAAGAGGUACCUGUGGAUGAGAAGGAACAUGUUACUACUGAAGAAAUGGAAGUUGAAGAGAAAAAGGUGAAACACAUAAUCAGAAAGAAGAAGACAGCUCCAAGUGAAGAAGAGAAACCUUCAGAUGAGAGUAAAGGAGAAGAAUCAUUACCAGUACUGGAGAAGCCAGAGGAGCAAAAGGCAGAGGAAAUUCCUGAAACAGUCAAGGAGGCUGAAGAUGUGGAACAAGUGGAAGCAACAAAAGAAAAGAAAGUGAAACGAAUUGUCAAGAAGAAGAAAUUGGUACCAGAGGAGGUUGAAAAGUCAUUGCAGGAAGAAACAGUUAAAGACAAUUUUCCUGCACCUGAGGAAUCAAGAUUAGCAGAAGAUCAGAAAGGCCAACCAGAAGACUCACAUCUACAUUUUGCAAAUGUCGAAUCAUCUGUUAUGGGGAAAGUGACUGACAUUGUUACUCCAUCAUACGAGACAGGUAAAUCACAAGUAACUAUGGCACUUAAUGAUUCUGUUUCUGUGAGUGAUACCAUGUCCUUAGAGUUAACUGAACAACGAGUAGCAGAUAAGAAACCAUUACCGCAGGAGGCUUUAGUAAGUAUAGGAGAAAAAGAUACUGUAUCUAUACAGGAACCUUAUGUUGAGGUAGUUCCUGCACAUUUGCCUGAGUCACCUCAGGUUUUAAAGGAAGAAGCGACACUUAAGGUAAUGAGCCAAAAAUCUGUGGCUAUAUUGGAAAUUCCUACACAUGAAACAGAGGAACCCCUCGUAUCCGGUAUACCUGAAGUAUUGCAUGCCACACCAUCAUUUCUACAACAAGGACCUUUAACUGUAACUGAAACUGGCACAUUUGAAACACAUACAGACUUUGAACAUGAGAAACAAUUAACUGAAACAGCCCAGACAACCAUCUUACCACAGGAAACACUUUCUGUAACACUUCCUGAACUGCAACACAAGGAAGAUAUUUUCAUGUCACCUGCAGUACCUGACACUGAACAUGCUAUCAGAAACAUUCCAUUGUCUGACUCUGUAACUGUAAAUGAAAUAACAUCUUUAGAAAUACCAUCAGAAUUGAACUAUACAGUGACACAGGACAAAGAAGCAGUUACAGCACUGCUACCCACAACAGAAUCUGUGUUUGUGACAGAGAUACAACCAACUCAGACAGUGGCUGUUGAUACAAGGGUACAGAAAGUGCCAAAACCUGAAUCAGCUCAAAGAAAACUUUCAACACAGGAUACAUUACAAAUACAAGAAGUUACCACGGAACAGGUUGUUACCACAGAGCCACCUCAAGAAACACAGUAUUUGACACAGGUGCCGAAAGUCGUCCAGAAACGACAGGAGGCACUUAUAAUUACAGAAGUAAUCAAAAACACAAAGGAGGAAGAACUUGCUAACUUCACAGUAUCACAAGAACAACCUACAGUAACAGUUUCUGAAAGUGAAAGUGUGCAAAUUACUGAUAUGCAAACUGCACUAUUUACAGGUGACAUUACUGUACCAGCUCUGCCUAGGAUGGAACAGGUAAGCCCAAUAAUACCAGUGGAAAGACAGCUUCUUUUAGUGGAACAUUCACAACCUGGAAUCUUAGAAGAGGCACUGCCUGAGGAGAAAAUCACAACAGUGCAAGCUAAACUUGUGGAAAUUAGUGAUCAUAAGAAGGCAGAUGUUUCAAUAUCUGAAGUUAAAGAAGCUCCUACAUUACCAAGGAGGGAAGUUGAAAUUCAUGCACCAGAAAACGUUGAGGCUAUUCCUGAAGAAGAGAAACCAACACCUGAACAUGCAGAAGAAAUUUCACAAGAGUAUGCAGUCACUGAGAAGCCAUUGGUGUCUUUUGCUGAUGAAGAUGUCAAGAAGCAACCAACAACAAGAAAAGUCUUGAAGAAGAAAAGAGCUCCUGAGAAGCCAAAGUACGCUGAUGAAAGUGUGACUGAAGAAAUGACAACUGAAGUGCUGACUCAGGAAAAGCCUGACACUCUAAAACCUGAGGAAGUAAAGGAUGUGCAUGAAGGAAUUGAGGUCACUGAAGUAGUAGAUACAGUAAGUACAGGUGACGUUAGUCCAUUGGAUGUUGAAAAAGAGAAAGCAGAAGCUGUUGAGGGAACUGAAGACUCUGUAAGUAUUGUUGAGACACCAGUUAAGAAAUUAAUUACUAAGAAGAAGAAGAUCAAGCCAGUUUCAAAGAUUCCAGAAGAAAAAGUGCCAGAAGAAGAAGAAAAAGUGAUGGAAAUCCCACAGGAAGAGAAGCCUGUGCCUAAAAAACCAAAGGAAAAGAAACAUCUUCCUGAAAAAGUAGAAGUGUUGAAACUCGAAAGGAAAGAAGUUAAACCUACCAAACUGAAGAUAACUGAUGUGAUGCCAAAAGAGGAAGUUCCUCUUUUCACGCAGGUGAAGCUGAGGAAAGCAAGUGUUCAAAAGAGGGAGAUUAAGGCUGUAGAAGUCCCAAAAGUAUUAUUGAAGAGCAACAUAAAGAUAAUAGACUACCCUCCAAAGGAAAAUACCCCUCUUAUAACAAUAAUAAAUGCAAGGUGUGACAAGGGGAUACUAUCAAGAAAUACACAAGAAGCUCUGAAAGUCCUCAAGAGAAAAGUGAAGAAAGUAAAGUUGCCCGGCAGAGAAAAACCAGACACAGAAGAAUUAGAGUCUUUUGAUGUUGAUCAGAAAGACAGUACUGAUAUUCCUGUGGAAGAUGAGAAGAGUACAUGGGAAAGACUCCCCAAGGCUGCAGAUACUGAGAAACCAGAAGAACCAAAGCUGGUUGUGGGAAAAGGAAAAAUCCCAGAAACAAAAGAACCAGAACAAGAAGAAAUAAAGCUUAAGAAAGUUCCUGAGAAGCCACUAGUGGAAGAGAUAACUGAAAUGAAGAAGCCUAAGAAGGAUGAGACUGAUGAAAAGGAUACAAAGAGCACACCAAAAGAGAAGGAAAUUACUUUAGCUCCCUUUAAACCUAGUGACAUAGAAGGAACUGACAUAGAUCUGGAAAAGUAUGUAAAAGAAGAGCCAGAAAAGAAAGAGAGAAGGACUCCUGAAAAGCAAAAAGUUAAAAAGCCCAAAAAAGACUCUGCAAAACCUGAACCAGAGACAGUAAAAAUACCAUUAGAAAAACAGCCUCCUAAGAAACCUUACCCUGAAGAGGAGAAGGAUAUCAAACUGAAAAAGAAGGUGGGAGAGCCUGAACCAGAGGAGCCAGAUAGUAUUACCUUGAAACCUUUUGUAAAAGAGAAACCAGAAGAAGAUUCUGAAAUUGCUAAGAAGCACAGCCUUAAACUUGAUGACAAAGAGAAACCUUAUGAAGAAGAAGAGAUAUUACCUACUGAACAUGUAAAACCUGAAUCACCAGAGAGGACAAUAAAGAAAACAAAGGUAAAGAAAACAAAACCACCUAAGCGUGUGGAAGAUGUUCCGAAAGAUGAAUCCAAAGAAGCACCUCAGCAGGAUGAACCAAUACUGGAUGAGAAACCAAAAGAAACCAAAGAAGUACCAGAAGAAGAAUUCGUGAUGAAGAUAAAACCCAAAGAACCAGAAAGGGAGGAUAUUGAGAAGGUAAUAGUCGAGAAAGAGGAGCCAGAGAAACCUGAUGUUGAAGAAAUUAAAGAAGUGACAAUAAAGAAGAAGAAACCAAAGAAACCUUCUGUAGAAGAAGUGAGAGAGGAAGUCACUCUAAAGAAGGAGGUACCACUGGAGCCAAAAGAGGAGGAAGUCACAGAGGAGGUAAUUGUAAAGGAAAAGAAGCCUAAAGAGGUGAAAGCAGAAGAGGUUCCUGAGGAAGUGAUAAUUGAACAGAAGGAACCAGAGAAACCCAAGGAAGAGGUAAGUGAAGAAAUAACAAUAAAGAAGAAGAAACCAAGGAAACCUUCUGUAGAAGAACUGAGAGAAGAAGUCACGCUAAAGAAGGUGAUACCAGUGGAGCCAAAAGAGGAGGAGGAAGUCACAGAGGAGGUAGUUGUAAAGAAAAAGAAGCCUAAAGAGGUGAAAGUAGAAGAGGUUCCUGAGAAAGUGACAAUUGAAAAGAGGGAACCAGAGAAACCCAAGGAUGAGGUAAGUGAAGAAAUAACAAUAAAGAAGAAGAAACCAAGGAAACCUUCUGUAGAAGAAGUGAGAGAGGAAGUCACACUAAAGAAGGUGAUUCCGGUGGAGCCAAAAGAGGAGGAGGAAGUCACAGAGGAGGUAGUUAUAAAGAAAAAGAAGCCUAAAGAGGUGAAAGUAGAAGAGGUUCCUGAGAAAGUCAUAAUUGAAAAGAAGGAACCAGAGAAACCCAAGGAAGAGGUAAGUGAAGAAGUGACAGUGAAGAAGAAGAAACCAAGGAAACCUUCUGUAGAAGAAGUUGCUGAAGAAGUCACUCUAAAGAAGGUGGUACCAGUUGAGCCAAAAGAGGAGGAGGAAGUCACAGAGGAAGUAGUUGUAAAGAAAAAGAAACCUAAGGAGGUCAAAAUAGAAGAAGUUACUGAGGAAGUGAAAAUUGAAAAGAAGGAACCAGAGAAACCCAAGGAAGAGGUAAGUGAAGAAAUAACAAUAAAGAAGAAGAAACCAAGGAAACCUUCUGUAGAAGAAGUGACUGAGGAAGUCACUCUCAAGAAGGUGGUACCAAUGGAGCCAAAGGAGGACGAGGAAGUCACGGAACAGGUAGUGAUAAAGAAAAAGAAGCCCAAGGAGGUGAAAGUAGAAGAGGUGACUGAGGAAGUGAAAAUUAAAAAGAAAGAACCAGAGAAACCCAAGGAUGAUGUACAUGAAGAAAUAACAAUAAAGAAGAAGAAACCAAGGAAACCUUCUGUAGAAGAAGUUGCUGAAGAAGUCACUCUAAAGAAGGUGGUACCAGUGGAACCAAAACAAGAAGAGGAAGUCACAGAAGAGGUAGUGAUAAAGAAAAAGAAGCCUAAGGAGGUGAAAGUGGAAGAAGUUACUGAGGAAGUGAAAAUUGAAAAGAAGGAACCAGAGAAACCCAAGGAAGAGGUAAGUGAAGAAAUAACAAUAAAGAAGAAGAAACCAAGGAAACCUUCUGUAGAAGAAGUGACUGAGGAAGUCACUCUCAAGAAGGUGGUACCAGUGGGGCCACAGGAGGAAGAGGAAGUCACGGAACAGGUAGUGGUAAAGAAAAAGAAGCCUAAAGAGGUGAAAGUAGAAGAGAUUACUGAGGAAGUGAAAAUUAGAAAGAAGGAACCAGAGAAACCCAAGGAUGAUGUAAGUGAAGAAAUAACAAUAAAGAAGAAGAAACCAAGGAAACCUUCUGUAGAAGAAGUUUCUGAAGAAGUCACUCUAAAGAAGAUGGUACCAGUGGAGCCAAAACAAGAAGAGGAAGUCACAGAAGAGGUAGUUAUAAAGAAAAAGAAGCCUAAGGAGGUGAAAGUGGAAGAGGUUUCUGAGGAAGUGACAAUUAAAAGGAAGGAACCAGAAAAACCCAAGGAUGAUGUAAGUGAAGAAGUGACAAUAAAGAAGAAGAAACCAAGGAAACCUUCUGUAGAAGAAGUGAGUGAGGAAGUCACUCUAAAGAAGAUGGUACCGGUGGAGCCAAAAGAAGAAGGGGAAGUCACAGAAGAGGUAGUAAUAAAGAAAAAGAAGCCUAAAGAGGUGAAAGUGGAAGAGGUUUCUGAGGAAGUGACAAUUAAAAGGAAGGAACCAGAAAAACCCAAGGAUGAUGUAAGUGAAGAAGUAACAAUAAAGAAGAAGAAACCAAGGAAACCUUCUGUAGAAGAAGUGAGUGAGGAAGUCACUAUAAAGAAGAUGGUACCGGUGGAGCCAAAAGAAGAAGGGGAAGACACAGAAGAGGUAGUUAUAAAGAAAAAGAAGCCUAAAGAGGUGAAAGUGGAAGAGGUUUCUGAGGAAGUGACAAUUAAAAGGAAGGAACCAGAAAAACCCAAGGAUGAUGUAAGUGAAGAAGUAACAAUAAAGAAGAAGAAACCAAGGAAACCUUCUGUAGAAGAAGUGAGUGAGAAACUCACCAUAAAGAAGGUAGUGGAAAAGAAAGCUGCAGAACCACAUGAUGAGGAAGUAGCAGAAGAAAUAACAAUUAAGAAGUUGGCACCAAAGACACCUGAGGACAGCGUGGCAGAAUUCACUGUUAAGAAGAAGGCUCCACAGAGGAAGUUGUCAAUAGAGGAGUUAGGUGAGGAAGAAAUCACUAUAAAACCAAUGCGGCCAAGACAACCAUCAUUGCCUGAAGUAACUGAAGUUACUGAUGUUGAAACAGUUACAAUUCAGCCUAGAAUCACUAAAACAAAAGAAGAAAUAGAACAAGAAUUCAAGAUUCAGCUACAUACUUAUGAAGAAGAGGAUAUCUCAAUGACUAGUAAAGUCAGGUUAAAGAAACAACGACGUCCUACCUAUGCAGAAGAAGCUGGUGAGCAAACUAUUCGAAUUGUGAAAGAGAUAGAAGAUCAGAAGUCACCUGAAAUUAUAGAAGUUUUAGAGUCUCCUGAAGCUGAAGGUGUCAGUUUUGAUUUGAAGCGCAAGCCAAGUUAUACAGUUCAGGAAGCAGAAGAAGAGGAGACAGUGAUACUAACAAAACCACAUAGGGAGAGAGAAGACAUUGAAGAAAGUUUUCAGAUUUCCUUACGCAAGAAAGAUGAUUCUCGCAAAAUGUCAUACUCCAUUGAAAAUGUUGAAGAAGAGUUCAGCAUUGGUUUUCAAAAGAGGCAGCCUACUCCAGCAGGAACAUCCUUUGAAGAAGAGUCCUUGGAGCUGAGGCUGAAGCCUAAGAAGAGGCCUACAAGGAUUUCACAGGAAGAGGAUUUCACUCUGAGUAUAGUAAAGGAAACAGAAGUCUUCCAAGAAGGAGUAGAAGAGAUAUUAGUUACAGAGCUUCAAGAAGGGGAUGUGUUAUACUCAGUCAGUGCCUAUGAAGCAGAAAAUGAAGAUGCAAUGAAUCUUGUUGAGGGUGAGAAGGUUUACAUCAUAGAUAUGAAUAACCCAGACUGGUGGUUUGUUAAAAAACAUCUCACAGAAGAGAAAGGAUGGGUUCCAGCUCAACUUCUAAUGGAUGAAAUUAGGUACACAACAUUUGUUCAGAAAGUAAUCCAGCAAAAAAUUGACCAGCUUCCUGUUUUUGAAAAACCUGUACAUACAGACAAAGCUACCGCACCAAGAUUUGUUGAGAAGCUUCAACCUAAGCAUGUUCCUGAUGGAACAACAGUUGAAUUUCGGUGUCAGAUUUCUGGUAGCCCUCGUCCACAGGUUACAUGGUUUAAGCAGACAGCCAUUCUGUUGCCUUCUCAUGACUUCCAGAUGUUCUACAGUGAAGAUAAUGUGGCAACGCUUGUCAUAAAAGAAAUUUUCCCAGAAGAUGCUGGCACGUAUACAUGUGUUGCAAAGAAUGCAGCAGGAUUUGCAUCUUCUUCAACAGAGCUUGUUGUAGAGGGACCAUUGUCAGACCAUGGGUCAGAUGUUGCUGUACUAUCCAGGAAAAGCCUCUCAAGGGAAUCGUCUCUAGCAGACAUCCUGGAAGGAAUUCCUCCCAUGUUUACGCACAAACCAGUGCCACUGUCUGCACCAGAGGGUUCUGAUGUGAAACUGGACUGUCAAUUAGUGGCAGUCCCUGAACCAGUUAUUACAUGGUACUUCAACAAAAAGGAAGUUGAUAAAACUGAAAAUGUUUCUGUUUCUGUUGAUUCUGAUGGUCAUAUGUACUUUAGCAAAGUUUCCAUUAAAAAAGUAAAGAAAUCGCAGGAAGGUGUAUAUGAAGUCAUUGCCAGAAACACCGAAGGAGAAACGUCUAUGCCCAUAAUCCUAAAGGUAAAAACAUCAAAGAAGGAACCACCAACAGUCCUGGAACCACUGAAACCAACGGUUGUUCAUACUGGUGAUCCAGUAGUAUUACAUGCAGUCAUAACAGGCAACCCAGCACCAAAAGUCACGUGGCUCAAAGAUGGUCUUCCAGCUGACGACCUGCCUGUUUCUCAUGAUGGAGACACUCACAGCAUUUUCUUGAAAGAUGCUGGUGAGGGAGACGCAGGGGUCUACACAGUAAGAGCAGAGAACCCCGUUGGUAGUGUAGAAAGUACAGCAUCUCUCGUAGUUGAAGCACCUGAUGAGAACAUGGAGCCACCACUUUUUACGGAAAGAUUUGAGGAAGUAAAAGUCCCUGAGAAAGGUACAUUACGUCUGGUAGCCAAGGUGACAGGGAAUCCUGUUCCAGAGAUUACGUGGCUCAGGAACAAUAGACCACUGAAACCAUCACCAAACCUAACUGUGUCAUUUGAUGGGACCACAUCUUCUUUGGAAAUUCAGAAUGUGGAUUCAGAAGUUGAUGCUGGAAACUACAAAUGUGUAGCCAAAAAUCGUGCAGGAAUCACAUCUCAUGGAGCAAGAGUUUCAGUCGAUGUUCCGGAAGUCACAUUUGUAAGGAAACUGCAGGAAAUUACUGAAGUUGAGGAACGAGAAUCUCUGGUACUGGAAUGUGAAACUUCACACACAGUAUCGACACACUGGUUCCAUGAGAAUCAUGAGCUCAGUGGAAUGGACCACCGAGUGGUGGUGCAAGAGGGCCGUAUUCAUCGUUUGCUUAUAAAGAACUGCACAUCGCGAGAUGCUGGCCAGUACCAGUGUCGGGUGAGGGAUCAAGUGACAGAGGGCCACGUUACAGUCCACGACAAAAAACCAGAGUUUCUGCGGAAGCUACAAGAUUUCGAAGUGAAAGAAAGGGAAAGUGCUAUAUUGGAAGUUGAAAUCACAUCAGAAACAGCAGAUGUAACAUGGCACAAAGAUGGUGAACAACUGACAGACACAAGUGAUAAAUUUGUAUUUGAGAAGCAAGGAACAGUACGCAAGUUACUGAUUCGAGGUGUGUCUGUCCACGAUGAAGGCGAGUACACAUGUGCCCUUGGAGAACAAGAGUGUACUGCAGAAGUCUCUGUUGUUGAACUUCCACCAGAGAUAACCACUAAGAUGCAGGAUGUGACUGUUGCGAAGGGUGAGAAAGCAACAUUUGAAAUAGAGCUAACAAAGGGAGAUGCCCUUGUCCGAUGGUUUAAAGAUGGCAAGGAGCUGCAAUUUUCUGAACAUGUGCAACUGUCCAUUGAUGGGAAGAGGCAGCGCCUGAAAGUGUACAAUUCCGAACUUAAGGAUGCAGGUGUUUACUCUUGCGAAGUUGGUGAACAGACAUCUUCAGCACGACUAACUGUUGAAGAGCCAGCUGUGCAGUUCCUUAAGAAAUUGCCAGAUGUGACAUUAAUUCCUCUAAACUUGGAUGCUACAUUCACUGUAGAACUGUCACGAUCUGAUGUUAAUGUGAAAUGGUUGAUGAAAGGCAAAGAAAUAAAAUCAUCUGAGCGCUACCAAAUAACCUCAGAGGGAUCUGUGAAGAAAUUAGUUGUAAAGAAUGUUACCAUUGAGGAUCAAGCAGACUAUAGCUGUGUUGCUUUGAAUGUAAAAUCAACAUCAAAACUUAAAGUUGAAAUAAUUGAAACAGCACCAAGGAUUAACAUCGAAUCUCUUACAAAAGAAUAUCGAGUUAAAAAAGGAGAUGAUGUAACUAUUGAGGUGAAAUUCACUGCAGCUCCUUCACCACAGGAUGAAUGGUUCAUCAAUGGCAAACUUGUCAAGAAAUCGCCAAGGAUUAUACAAACACUGACUGAGAAUUCUGCAACUCUGACCAUUAAGAAAGCUGAAGAAACAGAUGCUGCAAGCUAUACUGUUAAAUUAUCCAACAGGCAAGGGGAAGCCUCAGCAGAGAUGACCCUCAUUCUAAUGGAGCCACCAUCAGAGCCAGGCAUCCCAGAAGUUGUUGAAGUCACUGACCAGACCAUUACACUUCACUGGAAGCCUCCAGAAUUUGAUGGACAUUCUCCUAUUACAAACUAUGUUCUGGAAUACCAUGACAAGACUGAUUUCACAUGGAUUCAAGUAAAGGAAAUGGUUAGAGAGACAACUCACAAAGUGACACAACUUCAGACAAAUGGGGAAUACAUGUUCCGUGUGUCAGCCGAGAAUGAUAUUGGCCGUGGUGCUCCAUCACACAACACCCGUUACAUACGAGUUACUAAACCAUUAUCUGCUGAACCACCAGCAAUCCAGCAGCCACUGGAAGGGGUAGUGUGUGGCUUAAAACAGUCGAUAACUCUUUCUUGUGUUAUUGGAGGAAUACCUGAGCCAACAGUAAAGUGGAUGAAAGAUGGGAAGGCGUUCAAAAGCGAAAAUUUGACAUAUGAGAACAGGAUUGCCAAAUGCAUCAUAAGUGAGACUACAGAGACAUCAUCUGGCAUUUACACAUGUCAGGCAACAAAUACAGCUGGCUUUGCAGAAACAUCAUGUGAACUUAAAAUUCAAGAACCUCCUAAACUUGAAUUUGAUGAGAGUUUGGUAACUCAGAAAUUAAGGAUAACUAAUCAGUGGAAGAUAGAAGUUAAGUAUUCAGGCUUCCCUAAACCAGAAGUGGUAUGGACAAAGAACGGAAAAAGCCUGGCUUCUACUAAGCACUGUUCCAUCUACCAUGAUGAAAAUUCAUCAACAAUUGCGAUAUAUUCCUUAGCAAAAGUGGACACUGGAACCUACACAUUUACAGCUCGCAGUGAUGCAGGUUCGGCGAGCGUGGAUUUCAGUCUAAAAGUCAUUGAUGACACUGAUCGAAGAGCAAAAACAGAAAGUUCCAGCGAGGAAACAACUGACAAGCCAAGCAAACCAGAAGGGCCAAUUAUUGUAAAAGAUAUCCGAAAGGAUUCUGUGGUUCUCGAAUGGAAACCCCCUGCAGAUGAUGGUGGCCUUGAGCUUUCUAAAUACUCUGUUGAAAAAUGUGAUGUUGAGAAGAUGGUGUGGAUGAAGGUUGCUGACGUAGAGAAAGAUGUCUCGUCAUAUUGUGUACAACGUUUGAGAGAGGAUUCAGAGUACAUGUUCAGAAUUAUUGCUGAGAAUCCAGUAGGAACAUCAGAGCCACUUGAGAGUGACCCAGUCACCAUUAGAAGCAAAUUUGAUAAACCGUCUGCCCCAAGAGGACCACUACAUGUCUCAGGUAUGACUGAGACAUCUUUCACUGUCGCUUGGCAAUCACCAGAAUCAGAUGGAGGUGCUCCAGUGCUGGAAUAUGUUGUAGAACGCAGAGAAGUGGGGAAGAAGGCCUGGCAGAAGGUUGGAAGCACAACAAAAGAUGUGACUCACAUUGAAGUUUCUGGACUUAAAACGAAUUCAUCGCAUAAUAUCAGGAUAACAGCUAGAAAUGAAGUUGGUCUCAGUGUACCAUUUGCUCCCGAAGAUGCAAUUACUGUUGGAAUGAGAAUAAGUGCCCCAUCUGCACCAGUUGAUCUACAUAUUACUGAUUUCACAAGCAAGAGUGUCACUCUGCAGUGGGGGCCCCCUGCCAGUACAGGUGGAACUGAACUAACAGGAUACAUAAUUGAAAAGAGACUACUGUCAUCAAAGAAGUGGAGCAAAGUUGUUACACUUGAACCAUCAGUACUACAAUACUGUAUAGAAAACCUUAAAGAUAAGGCUGAGUACUUCUUCCGUGUGUAUGCAGAAAAUGCCAUAGGACUUAGCCCACCAGCUGGCACAGAGCUGGUCUCCCUUAAAAAGCAUGCAACUGUUCCAUCACCACCUACAGCUCCACUUGAGGUACGACCCAUAGGCCCAAAUGCUGUUGUGAUUGCAUGGGGAAUCCCUGAAACUGAUGGUGGUGCACCUCUUCAGGGUUAUACUAUCGCCAUACGUGAUGUGCGAAAGACUAUGUGGAUGGAAGUUGGUCGUGUCAAAGCUGAUGUACAUAAACUCACAAUCAAAGACCUACAGGAAAACCAUGAAUACCUCAUUCGAAUUUUUGCAAAGAAUGAAGUUGGUCCUAGUGAGCCUUUGGAAUCAGAGGAGCCAUUUAAAAUGCUGAGGCCAACAGAAAUUGACCAGCAAGAACUCGAUAAGCUGGAAACGACAGCACCGACACUUAGUUUCAGUACUGAAACCACCACAUCCUGGAUGAAAGAAGCAGGCAUGGAUGCUGACAUCCGAUCAUACGCAAGAGGUUCAUUAUUAAGAAGGGAUGAAUAUUUCUUCCGUAUUUGGUACUAUGCCCGACAGUUGUUUAAGUGAUGUGGUGUAAGGAAUCAAUUGUGAAGACAAAGACAAAUAGUGUGUAAAGUGUAUACGAAGUCGUAAGUAGAGUUGUUGAGCGUAUCUGUGCUUAAGGCACUGAUAAAACAAUAGAACUAUUUAUUUUUUUACCUUUUGUAAAGCAAUUUUGUACUGAAUUUUAUAUGAAGGCUUGGAAGCAGCACUGUGGGCAAGCACUCUACUAUCUUGCUUCCUGAUUUCCAUCAAUGAAAUAAAAAAAAGUACCCUGUGCAAAGCAAAGCAGGGGGCACUGAUAGAGAGUAGAACUUGCACCUGUUGCUUCUGGCUGACUGAUUCAAGGACCAAGACUGUUGCUUUGUAUUUCUUGCAUAUUCAGUAAAUAUGUAAAUAAGGAGGCAGAGGAACUGUACAUUACUACAAAUGUUAAUAAUAAUAAUUUAUUGAAAUGAGGAUGUAAAUGUUUAUGGACAUAAAAUGUAAUUCUUAUAGGUUUUUCAUAUAUAUGUAAUUUUUAUGGACACUGUACUACACAACAAAACAAGUCAGAGAAGUGGGUCUGCUGAAGCAGGACAUUUCUGCUGUGACUUAAUAAGUGUGUAAGUAAUACAGUGUAUUAUGCUGUGAUAUACUCUUGUGUAUCAUUCAGUUUUGAAUUAUGUGAUUUCAAAUGUGUAAUUGUGUUCAAUUGGCUGCAAGUAUUUUUUACCUCUUUUAAUAUCACUGUCUGUUUCAACUGCAGUUGCAAUAACUGCUUACAAAGUAGUCUGUAAUCAUUUGGUUCAAGUAAGCGUCACUUCACCGGUAACUUAAAGGAGACAAAAUAUAGGUGCAACGACAUGAAUUUGUUACUGGUAAGAGUCGGCUUACAGAGCAAAUGAUACUUCAUGAAAGAAUCAUAUUAAAAUAUAUAUAUUUUUAAAGUUGGAA